CGGGGCAGCGAGUGCCCUUGGGCCCUAUCCCUCCCUCUCUCAGAGCGGGAGGGCACGAACAGGCAGAAGGGGGACGGCGAGCGGUGCAAGAUGGCGGCGGGGCUGCUGAUGCUGCGGGCGGGGCUGGGCAGAUCCCACGGCGGGGGAGUCGGUGAGUGAGCGGAGGGGGACGGGGGGGGGGCCGGACCUGACUUGCCUUCUGCUUCGCAGGGACUCGCCCUUGUCUCUCCUCCCUGUCUAAACUGACAUUUGAGAACGGAGGAAGCCGCCUUAUACGGAGUCCAGACCUUUGGUCGACGUAGCUCGGUACUGUGUGCACUGACUGGCAGCGGUGGCUUUCCAGGGUAUCAGACCAGGGAGUCCUUUCCCUGCCUUGCCAGGGGGCGCUAUGGAAGGGGUGAACUUGGGACCUUCUGCCUGCAAGGCGGGUGCAUUGCCCUUCCCCAUAAGGUAGAGGGACAUAGGAUACUGCCUCGUCCUGAGUCAGACCUGUAGCCCAGCGCACUGUUGUCUGCACUGACUGGCAGCAAAGGCUCUCCAGGGUUUCAGGCAAAGGAGUCUUUUCUCAGUCCUACUCCGAGACGCUGUAGAGGAUUUCAUCUGGGAGCUUUUGCAUUGCAGGGCACGAGUGGUUCUGCCACUGAGCACCCCCCCCCCCCCAAAAAAAGCCAUUUUUGGACAAAAUAAUAUAUAUUGGUACUGGUGGUUCCUUGCUUGUUUCUCCUCCACUGCUGUCCCAGUGCUAUUCGUCCCUGUGGCCGGGAUGCUUUUCCUUUCAGGUCUUCUUUCCUAGCUGCAACUUUUAUCUGCUGCUUGCUGUGUUGCAUGGAGCUGUAGCGUUAUCCUUUUGAAGGUGACUCUCUUUUGAAGCAAGAGGCAAGCUUUGGGGUUCCUUAUAUGAGAUACCUGGUUUUCUUGCUCCCUUCUUAGGAAAGGCUUCUUUAUCAUUGUGGUCCUUAGGUAUUUGCUAAUGUCAAACUAAUUUGCUUUGGUAGCUGCAUUUUCCUUUCCUUUCUCUUCACUCUAUACCUGCUAACCUUCCAGCUGUUGCUCACAAGCAACUUACUCUGCACACCUUUCUGCUUCAAGAAUUUUGUUGGGGUGGUGAAAGGAGCAUGUCUUAAUAAUUAGAAUAGAGACAGAUAUUUCUCCUAUGUUAGUAAAAUCCGUUUUUACUAAAAUGUGUUUUGUGUGAAAGACAGACACAAUUUUGUGCAGAUCAGAACAAUGCAGCUUGUUCUUUCAGAUGUGGAAGAGCAACAUUUAAUUACCAAUUGUAAAUCUACACACACACACACACACACACACACACAGUUCUAAUAACACAUGCAAGUCAUCAACUUGCAAUACAUGAGUGCCCCGAGACAUAGAAAAUAUUAACCAGGCUAGGUAUCGCCGCUGCCAUCGCAAACCCUUGGUCACAUACACUUUGGGAUGUUGUGCAGCAGCCUCUGAGAUUAUGCACUGCCCUGUAACAUGUGACCUAAGAGCUAGCAUGUGAGUGGAGAAGAGGGUAGUUUACCUUUCUUAGCAAAGAAAUAAAAGCAUUGAAAGGGGACAUGCAUUGACCUAACUGUUCUCUCUUUUGCUCACACUGCUACCUACCCAUACCUCUUUGUUUGUGCAAUAUAUGGAAAUGUAGGUUUGCACAAUAUGAUUUUGGAAUGCAUCCAAAAUUCCAGUGAAGCAUAUCUGGAGGACAUCUUGUCCAUCUGUUAUCCAGCAUCCCAUCUGUACUAACUUAUGGGCUGCUUCACACAUGCAUGUUCAUAACUUCAACCUGGGAGGCCUGGGACCCCCUUUUGUUGCCAUGUGAGGCGGUAUCUGGAGGAUACUUAUAUAUUGAUACCACACUGACUUCUUGUAUCACCUGUCUGUAGAUUCUCACAGUGGAUUUUCUUGUCAUUCAGUGGCUGGAAGAGCUGUAUCUCUUUUCAGUUUCCUUUGUUCCUAAGAGCUUCCCUUCCAAAGUCUUUUUUUUUUAAUAUUAGCACGUCAUUAGUACUUAUUAUUGCAUGCAUAAGCACUUUACUCAAGUCUGAGGAUUAAAGUCCUCUUCCACCUUGGGUGAAAUUUGCCUGUUCUACCCACAGUUCUCCUGAACAAGAUUGUCUUCACCAGACCAGCUGUUUGUGUUGCAACUGACAAGCGCUAUCCUCUGACAUGUAAAAUCCACACAUCCCCCAGGAGUUUAGGUAGGUCUUGCUUGGAUUCCUUUACCGUGCUUUUGUUUCAUGUGGCCAUGCAAAAUAGUUCGUGUGUUUUCUCUCUCUGUAGUUAUGACAGUCAUCCUCAACUUGGCAAGCUAAAGCUGGAGACAUGUUAGGAAGAAUUUGCUUUCUGUAGUUCAGCAAGUGGUAAAUGAAAUCAUUUUAAUGACAAAUUAUUGUCAUUGACAGUGCUUUCAGUAACAGAUUACUGUUUUUGAAUUUAUUUCACUCUUCCCGGAAGGCUUGGGGAAGAUCCUAGGAUUAUAAAAAUAAGUUUUAGAUUAAUAAUUAUGAAAAACCCCAUUCCUUUAAGUUACGGAGCUAAAACUUCUAGACUUGAUGGUUGCAGAGGAGUACCUGGGAGUGUGCUGGGAGUGUCUGAAAAGCCAGAAAGUUGGGAAGAGAGGUCAACUUGGUGGAAUUUCAGUUCUCAGCAUUCCUUUGUCUCCUGCCUGAACCAUGCUGGUUCCAUCCUACACACUUCAAGCAUGCACCCAAACAAUGCCUCUUGUUUUUCUGUCUCCUACUUUCCCAAUUUAUUUAUUUUUUCACAAAUGUAUAUGUUGCAAAGCUGUGUGUUUACAUCCCGGUACAGAAGAUGUGCACUCAUUUUAUGCAGUUUGCUUUAUUUGCAUCCUUUUAUUCUGAACUUGAAUGAUGUGGUGAACAGUCUUGGGACAUUGAAUUGCAUCCUUGAAUGUAGUGGAGUCUCAGGCUGAUCAUAUAAUGGACAGUCGUGAUCAUCUGCAAAACAGGAAUCUGUUCUCUUGGGUUGAGAAAUAAACACUAUUUUGCUCUCCUGCUUGCCAUGCAACCUCCUUCUGUUCCAUAACGGUACAUAGACAAUUAUGUACUUUGCUGCCUCUGGCCUGUUUUAAAUAGGACAACUAAUUGGAUGUUUGGUUUCCUAGUCUGUUGGAAUUCAUGGGAACUACACAACAGCCUUGCAGUAGAUGAGCCUACAAUUAAGAAUGCAUUUGGGUGCAGUUUUUUUAGAGGCUGGCUGAGGCCCCAUGUGGUGUAGAGCGCGUGGUAACUAGAUCUAAGCUGUUUCACUCAAAGGUGUUCUCUUCUAGAGGUUUUUUAGCACUGACUAGUGCUCCUGUCCCAAAUGCAUUGCAUAAAAGUAAGCCAUUUCGGAGUCUGUGUUGUUGUGUAACUACUUUCAUGUAAUAUAUCUUGAAAUAGGUUCCUUAAAAGUAAUCCAGCAAGGAUGGAUGAAAGCAGAACAGUUGUCCACUUACAACUCUCCUUGCAAACUUAGCACCUUAGUGCAACCUGCAGAUGCUUGUUAAUACUCUCAGAGUCAAAACUUGUGCUUUAAAGAUGUAGGUGGUGAUGGAAAAAUACACUUGUGCCGUAUCUUCGACCAUCUGCCUUUGUAAUUAAACACUCUUGCUUUUGACAUGUGCCAAUUCAACUUUUCACAGUGGAUGAUCCUCUCCACAGUUAGUCUUGAAUGAAGCUGGUGUUUUCCCUGGUGUGUAAUACAGUGGUGCCUCGCAAGACGAAAUUAAUCCGUUCCGUGAGUCUCUUCGUCUUGCGGUUUUUUCGUCUUGCGAAGCAAGCCCAUUGACGGAUUGACGGAUUAGCGCUAUUAGCGCUAUUAGCGGCUUUUAGCGGCUUUUAGCGGCUUAUCGGCUUAUCAGAUAAGAGGAUAAGCGGCUUAGCGGCUUAGAAAAAGGGGGGAAAAAGAAAAAAAAACCCGCAGGAACUUGCAAGACAUUUUCGUCUUGCGAAGCAAGCCCAUAGGAAAUUCGUUUUGCGAAGCACCUCCAAAACGGAAAACCCUUUCGUCUAGCGGGUUUUCCGUCUUGCGAGGCAUUCGUCUUGCGGGGCACCACUGUAGUUCUUUUCUAGUCCAUAUAUAGUAGUUGUGGCACUAGUUGUGUUGUCUGUUGCAUCUGCUAAGUUCCUGCAGUUUGUAUGCAGAAUUUUAAAUAGAAUCUGGUGUUCUGGCUCACAACUUGGAUUUUUGGAAAUUUCGUCUCUUGCCGUACCAGGUUUUUUAAAAGCAAGUUUCUAGUCCUUAUGGCCGUGGAGAUAUGCUUGGGUGCACCCAGGUUGUGUGUGCAAAAGCUUCAAUAUUCAGGGGGUCAGGCUUAUGUACUCCCCUCUCCCAAGACUACCUGCCCCUCCUUUCUCAGCUCCAGUCAUAUUCUUCUUCCAAGACACACUCAACCAUCCCUCUGUCACCUGUAGAUUUACUUCUGCCACCAACUUGCUACAUCUCCACAAAAAAAAGGUAUGCAAAUAUCCACUGUUCAGUUCAGAAUAAUGCAUGCAAAUGAUUGAUAAGCAAAUCUGCAUAAAUGAUGUUUGGGCUCCUGAUUUGGUUGUGGGAGGCUGGGAGAAAGGUUCUUUUGUGCCAUCAAAUUGUUGUUUAUAUUCUUCUACCUUGUGAGCCACUUUGGGCACAAUUGUGUGUAAAAGUGGCAUACAAAUAAUCAGAUGAAUAUAUUAAAAUAUACGAUUUCUACGCAUCUUGAAGGGCCGGAAGAGAAGACAAAAAAGUCUUUACCCUUCCACCCAAAUCAGUGUAACAUUGGUAGCAAACUGCCUCCAUGUGUGAUUGAUGCUGGGAAUCAAUGAAAAAAUUCCAUAUUUUUUGUAAGAGUCCUGUCGGAGGCAAGGUUUUUUUGUGCUUUUUUCUGGGGUUAUGUGGCCUGGUUACCUCCUUUUCCUUGCCAUCUGUUUGACCUCAGAUCUGGGACAAUACUUCAGUUCUGCCAACAUUAAUCAGUUACCAUUUCCUCUUUGGAGGCUCAACUGAUAUGAUCGUUGGCAUGAAGAAGCCAACUGUUGUUGAAUUUCAGGAACCCUUCGGGGAAUGGGGGAGACCUAUAAACCCAACUAGCUUGCAUUGAUUUGUUGACAAAUGCUGAAUCAUUAAAGGGACCCUUUAUUCAUUCCCAGCUCUCAAGCAGCUGUUCCUGGAGAUUAUUAACAGUGCUUCUUUUCUCCCUGUAGCUGGUUCCAAGGCUGCCUCUCUGCACUGGACAGGUGAGCGAGCAGUCAGUGUCCUCCUGCUUGGGCUCCUGCCUGCAGCUUACCUGUAUCCUGGACCAGCCAUGGACUACUCGCUGGCUGCCACUCUCACACUCCACGGUCACUGGUGAGUAAGGAGGGAAGCAACCCAACCGGGAUUAAUUCCUGCUGCCUCUCCUGCUCAGUUCAGAACCCUGGAUUGCAGUGGGGUCCAGAGGCUGGUUUCUCUGUGCUGUUUUGACUCUGUAGCCCUGGAACUUGCUUCAUCCCAUCAUUCCUUCUGAGAUCUGGACAUCUUUCAAGCAUGGUAGCAAGUUCCACUUUCAACCAGCUUUCAACCCAGCCGCACCCCUAUCUGGUCAGGGAUGACCUAACUUCUGUCGAUUAUGUUCUAGGUUACCUCUAGGUUAGAUUACUGCAAGACGUUCUACACAGGGCUGCCUCUGAAGGCAGUUCAGAAACUCUGCUGGUGCAGAAUUCAGUAACCAGGCAGCUCACUGGGCAAGAUGGUUUGAGUGUAUAACACCAAACCUGGCCUGACUGCACUGGCUGCCAGUUAGUUUCCCAGCCCAAUUCACAGUUCUGGUUUUGACCUAUAAAGCCUUAAACGGCUCAGGAAUGCAAUAUCUCAAGGACUGCCUCUCCUCAUAUGAACUGAUCAGGACUCUGAGAUUAUCCUCUGAGGCCCUUCUUCAUGUGCCUCCUUCAGGAGAGGUUCUGAGGGUGGCAACAUGAGAAUGGGCCUUUUCUGUAGUGGCUCCCCAUUUGUGGAAUGCUCUCACCCGGGAGCCUUUGCCACAUCUCUUUUGACUCCAGGCAAAAGUGUUUCUUGAUAGGCCUUUGGCUGAUAAUAUUCUAUGGCCCUUUUAAAUAGGUUUGUAGGAGAGGCAUUACAGUAUUGCUUUGUUGUGUAUUUUGCACCCUCUUUUUGUAUUAUUAUCUUGCGAACCACCCUGUGAUCUUCAGAUGAAGGGUGGUAUACAAAUUUAAUAAAUAAAUAGAGUGCGAAAGGGUUGGGGGAGAUUCUUGGCUUGCCACAUUGCUCAACUAAAGAUGAAUCUGUAAACAACAGCAGGGGUUGCUGUAACCGAGGGAGCUGCCUCUUCCAUAGAGAUGCGCAGGGACCUCUGUGCUUUAUUUCUGGCAUGGGGAGUCUGCCGCUCUGCAGAACUUGUUGGGCUCCCAUCAGUCCCAGUCAGCAAGGCCAUUGGUCAGGGAUAAUGGGAGUUGUAGUCCCAAGAGCAUCCGGAGGCACCAGGUCCCCCAGCCUUGCAACGUUUGAACCUACUUUUCAGUAAAAUUGUUUUAAAUUUGUUGCAUUGGGAUUGGUCCGGCCUCUGAAUGCCAGAUGCUGGACAAGCAAGCAAGAAGUGUUCAAGCCCCACGUUGGACGAAAGAUUCCUGCAUUUGCAGGGGGGUUGGACUAGAUGACCCUCAUGGCCCCUUCCAGUUCUAUGAUCUUUCCCCAUGCUCUGCUUGUAGGCUUCCCAGGAGCACCUGGCCACCGCUGGAGGCAGAAGCUUUUAGUCAAUUAUUAUGGCUUCUCACUUUUGCUCUCUGCCUUUUCCACAUGCUGUCCUAGACAUUUACUCUCCCUUCCUGGGCUUUUUACAAGCCUUUAGAAGCAUUUUACAAUUACAGUUUACAAGCAUUCCCAGGAAUAUGCCAUAUAGAGGUUUAUCCAUGUCUGUUGUUUGACUUAACGCUAGAGGGCAGUGUGGAACUUCAGAGACCCAGUUUGGUCCUGAAAAUAUGUAACUUGCCAGUGAAACAAUGUAAGAAUAAGUUUCUUAGAAAUGGCCAUCCCCAGCCAGCAGUACAGCAGAAGCAGCUAUUUUCUCCCAAAGGUCCUCCCCUCUCCCCCCACAACCCAAAAAAAUUAUUUGCCAUCAGAGGGAGAGAAGAGCAGAGACUACACACACUUUUCUGGGGAGGGCAUUUCACAGGUGGGGAGCCAGCAGUGGAAAAGCCUUGCUUUAAUAGUAAACCUCCUUAAUUUCAGAAGGCCACCUGGAAGUGGUCCUUUGAUAUGUCUUCAUCCAGGCAGAUUCCUAUUGAGACAGGAGGUCCUUCAGGUAUCGCAUUAUGUCUUUGUAGGUCAACAUCAGCAUUUUGAACUGCACCCAGAAGCCAACUAGUUAAUCGGCAAACUGACUGGUUUUUUUUUAAAUGUUUAUUAGAAAUUUGCAACAACAAAAAAAAGCUCUUAAGAGUUUACAAGAUUACAAACAUUAUAGAUUGAUUAUAGAACAUUUAUGUAAUAUAAAGAGGAGAAACAGGAAAGGGAGGGACCCAUAAAAGACUAAACAAAAAGCCGUUCAUACAGUAGCUCAACAGAUUUAAGGUAUGUUCAUUACAGAGCAAAAAUUUUACUCAGAGAAGAAAACAUACCAUAGACACUUGAUACACAGGAUACAUCAGAGGAAGACCUUGAGAGUGAGGGUGGCUGUUCGUCUCUUGCAAGAUAAGGCACCUGAAUUCUGGAACGGGUUGCUGGUGAUGGAACCUGUUACUGUGGAGGAGGAGCUUUUUUGUUUUCUUGUUAAAAACUCUUGUCGGUGUUUUUCUCAAGCUCAGCACUCUCUGCACUUUGACUGCGCUCCCCUUUGUUUUCAGAUUCUACAUGCGUAGAUGAGUCGAAAAAGCCCGGUACACAGUUUUUCAUGGCUCUCUAGUGGCUGUGGUGGCUCAUUGACCAGAAGCAAUGUACAGUGGUACCUCGGGUUAAGAACUUAAUUCGUUCCGGAGGUCUGUUCUUAACCUGAAACUGUUCUUAACCUGAAGCACCACUUUAGCUAAUGGGGCCUCCUGCUGCUGCCGCGCUGCCACCACACGAUUUCUGUUCUCAUCCUGAAGCAAAGUUCUUAACCCGAGGUACUAUUUCUGGGUUAGCAGAGUCUCUAACCUGAAGCGUAUGUAACCCGAGGUACCACUGUAUUUAGCAUUAACUCUGGAAGUGUAAACUCGAUUCUGACCAAAUUAAUCCUCCCAGAACAAAAUAUACAUUAGGAGGCUUUGUAUUGUGUCCUAGGCAUCUUAUUUUUUUUAAACUCGUCUACGCAUGUAGUAUCUGAAAACAAAGGGAUGCGUUGGGUGCCAGAUGUGAAAUAUAUUGGCAUUAUUUUCAGCUCUUCUACCCCACUACCUAGUCCAGCAUUCAGUUUCCAUAGCGGCUAACCAGAUGCUGCUGAAAAGCCUAUAAGCGCAACAGCACACUCAUAACCCCCAAGAGCUGGCAUUCAUAGACAUAUUUAUUAUACCGGAGGCUGUAUGUGGGUUUGUCUAAUCCCCUUCUUAAAGGCAUCCAAGAUCAGUGAUACCAACCUUAACCUUCUGCUGAAUUGGUAAUUCCUGAAAUAAUAGUGCAAUCUUGGAAUGCCUGGCUUAUGAAUUCUUGGCAGCUGAUUAAAGGUGCCAGGGCUGUGUUCUGCUGUGCUUUUUGCUGACAGUGCUGUUUGUUGUGCCCAUAGGCAACAUGUCUGCAAAAGCUGCUGUAAUACUCCUUGGCACUCCUCCAUAGGCUUGUUGCAUAGUGAUUGGUUAAAUGCGAUGUUCAUAAAAUACCUUUCUGCUUCUGUAAUACAAUCAGUCACUCAGCACAACCUAUGCUCCUUCUGACUUGCUUAAUAAUGCUAUCUGGAUAAUUCGUGAAAGCAGUUGUGGUCCUCAGUUCCAUCAAGGUUAGAUUUUGAGCUUUUAUCUUUCCCACUGAUACAUUUCACACCUGAUCUCAGCAAUGAUAACUGUCCAAUUAAGAAGGCAAAUAAUGUUUUUUUGCGGAAAUGGAAAGGGGUUGAUCUUUGAUGAAGGCCGCCAGCACCCCUCUAAGGGGUGUGUCAAAUGACCAAAAGGGAUGUUGCUUUGGGGAUCAGCCAAUUCCUAUGGAAAAUGCCCUAGAAAACAUUUGAAACUAUGUUGGGUUGAAUCGUCUUCAUUUUUAUCUUUUUCUUCUUCUUCCUUGUUAGGGGCCUUGGGCAAAUAGUAACUGACUACGUCCAUGGAGAGACAUCUAUUAAACUGGCCAACACUGGCCUCUACAUGCUCUCAGCGCUCACCUUUGCUGGCCUCUGCUACUUCAAUUACCACGAUGUGGGCAUCUGCAGGGCCGUGGCCAUGCUGUGGAGCCUCUGAGGCACAAUACGUCACCUACCGGCAACAUUCAACGAUUGUUCACCUCUGCCUCUGCUUCAUUGUAUUAUUGCCGAGUCAUUGAAUGAGGGAGAAAUAGCAACAGGGGGUCCCACGCUGCAUAUAGCAGAAUGACUCGGGGAAAGAGGCAUCCAAAUAGCCAUUCAUCAAAUUGUGGGGAUCUCUCGCUGAGAAAAGAGCUAGGCUAGAGAGCUCACAAAGUUUUGGUGUUAAUGCAAAGGGCAAACUAGUAGUGAUUGUAGUGGCAGCCUUUUUUUGUAUGGCUGACCCUUUCCCCUGUCAAAUGGCAGCUUGGUUUCAACAGGUGCAGCAGAACUGGUCUUGAAUUCCAGUCACUUGGGUUUUUUUGGUCCUGAUAUUGCAAUUAGUGGAUUGUGUACACGGCAUCUUGCAUAGUGCUCAGGCUGGGCACUAAGCAGUUGCUGUGCAAAAGGGAAUUUUUCUUUUUUUUGUUUAAUUGAUGUACAAUAAAGAAUUUACAGAACCCUCAGCUGUUUGAUUCUGAAGUCUCUUUCUUUGGAAAUCCUUUCCAGUUGUUUCUGAUGUUGCUUAGCUUUUUAAAAAACCCACAAUCCCUUUAAAAGAUAACAGCACACUGUGUCCUCUCCUACUACUACCAAGGCAGUUAACACUUUAAAUAAAACAGUUAAAAUUUUAUUUGGAAGAUAAACCAAUGAAUGCUUUAGUUGAUUGAUUGGGGUUGUGUGCUAAGAACUCCUUUUGUUUUUUGUUCUUCUGAGUUGAUAGAAUGAGAAUUUAAAAAGAAGAUACCAAAGGUGGUAGCUUAUGUUGUAAAUUGCCUCUCACUCCCUUUUAUCCCCCAAAUCCACCUGUAUUGAGGUUUGGAAUUGGGCAUUCAUUGCAAUGGACAGUUAAGAUUAAAACAAUAAUAAAAAUAUAGUAGAAUUUCAGAUAACUUGUUCUCAAACUGUUAAGGUCAAAAGCAGCACUUUUUAUUGAGCCCAACAAUGAGUAGGGAUCCAGUCCAACGGACACAGUGCUGUUUGCAGUGAUAUAUUAAGAAACAUGUUUUAACGAGUCAGACAAUUGCGCCACCAAGCACGGUAUUGGCUGCUUUUGACCGGCUGCGACUUCCGCAGCUCUGAAGCAGAGAGGGAUGUCUUUUUCCCCCUUGUUGCCCAAGAAACGCUAAGGGGAGAGCCCUGUAACUUUUGCUGAGCAUGCGCUGCAGCACUGAGCUAUGGCCUCUCACUUGGGAAAAUUGCUCAAAUAAAGGUAAAGGACCCCUGGACAGUUAAGUCCAGUCAAAGGUGACGGGUUGCGGCACUCAUCUCACUUUCAGGCCGAGGGAGCCGGCUUUUGUCCACAGGCAGCUUUCCAGGUCGUGGCCAGCAUGACUAAACCGCUUCUGACACAACGGGACACUGACAAGUGCCAGAGCGCAUGGAAACGCCGCUGCAGCAGUACUUAUUUAUCUACUUGCACUAGUGUGCUUUCAAACUGCUAGGUUGGGAAGAGCUGGGACAGAGCAACGGGAGCUCACUCUGUUGCAGUGAUUCGAACUGCCGACCUUUUUAUCAGCAAGCCCAAGAGCAGGCAUAGGCAAACUCGGCCCUUCAGAUGUUUUGGGACUACAACUCCCAUCAUCCCUAGCUAACAGGACCAGUGGUCAGGGAUGAUAGGAGUUGUAGUCCCAAGACAUCUGGAGGGUCGAGUUUGCCUAUGUCUGCCCAAGAGGCUCAGUGGUUUUGACCACAGCGCCACUCACAUCCCUAAUUGCCCAAAUAUUCCUUAAUUAGCUGACUAAGCUCUUCUUUAGCAACAUUUGAAGUAUAUGGAAAAAGAAGACCUUGGCUCAAGUUCCCUGCUUCAUGUUUUCAGACACCUUCAAAUGUUACAGAAAAGGCACCAUCAACACUGGAGACCGGGAGAUGAGAUCCCAUCAUUUGCUGCGUCACUUGUUGCAGUCUUUAGUUUAAACCUAAUUAUUCAGUUCUUGGAGAAGCAUGGCGUUUUUGUCUCAAGACCAACGACGAGUGCAAUAGGCCUUAGUGGGAGGACAACUCACAGAACUGUCUCCCACCGAUGAUUCACUUGAGUCCAACAGCUCUGAUCCUCAUAGCUGAGGGCUGUCUGAAGCAGGGAUUUUCCCAGAACAGUGAAUGACCUUAAACUCCAUGUGUGAACCAAGGAGUUUGAGACUGAGGUUCCUGCUUGUUCCUGCCUUCCCCGUUUCCGCCCCCACAAUGCAUUUCCAUGGUCACAAGGUCUAGAAACUUGCUUUAAAAACAAACCUCAGAUUUACGGGUGUCUGUAACAGAAAACACUACAAAACUGCAGAAACCAACAACUUGUAUCUAUUUGCAUUUCUUUUGACUUCAUUGCUUUUGCUUAAUUGAUUUCCUCACUGGCAGUGGUUGGACUUAACUCUUGGUUUGUAGCUGAAAUAGCCUUAUUCCUCAUUGCAAAUCUCUCUUUUGUGUUAGGGCUUGUUGAAGUUGGCUGUAUUGUUUAAUGCCCUUCCACUUUGAUUUAAGGCCCUAUCGAUGGGCUGUAUGGCAGAAUUUCAGUGUCCAUGUGGGUCUGAGGAGAUGGAAAUUCUCUUUCACAUAUUUUUUCGUGCAAAUUCCACAGUGACUUACGUGAAGCACUUACUUGUCCAUUGCUUAUAUUAAUUUUAUAUUGUUGUUUUUGUUCACCUGCCCUUCACUCUAAGGUCCUGGGGGGUUACAACAUUAAAACACAAUACAGUGGUACCUUGGGUUAAGAACUUAAUUCUUUCUGGAGGUCCGUUCUUAACCUGAAACUGUUCUUAACCUGAGGUACCACUUUAGCUAAUGGGGCCUCCCGCUGCUGCCACGCGAUUUCUGUUCUCGUCCUGAAGCAAAGUUCUUAACCCAAGGUACUAUUUCUGGGUUAGCGGAGUCUGUAACCUGAAGCGUAUGUAACCCGAGGUACCACUGUAUAAAAAACUGUUUAAAACAACCUACAAUCACAGAACUAUUAGCAGAUACUACACCUUACAUGACAGAGAAGGCAGCUAAAUAUUUUGCUACCACUCUUAAAGCAUAUAACAAACUGAAAGCAAAUUAUCUGCAUGUUGCAAUACUUAAAUUGUUACAAUACUUAACUUUGUAGUCUUCAUGCAAUUUGUCUGUACAAACACACACACUAAAAGUGAAAUGGCUUGAUAAUAAGUUCCUGUAUUACCUUUGGAAAAGGGCUGUGUCAUCGUUAAGUUUGGCUCUUUCCUUGAGUGGUGUUGCUUCUAGCCUCUUCAUUUGAUGCAUUAAAUGGAAUUUUUAGAGCCGCCUUCAUCAAGCUGGUGGUUAUGCUCCAGAUCUUUUGGACUACAACACCCAUCAGCCACAGCCAGCUAGCUGUGGCUGAUGGGUGUUGUAGUCAAAACAUCUGGAGGGCACCAGCUUGGUAAAGGCUGCUUUGGAAUCUUGGCAGUACUUCCUUUGUGUGGUGCGGACUUGAAGAUGUGCAGGAGCUGUUUGGAUGAGUUUUUAAAUGUGUUGAUUUAUAAAAGCAGGUUAGAAAAACACACUUUAAAAAUCAUAAUAAACUAGCUAUAAGUAAACAAGGCGACAUUCAAACAGAAACUGGUUUAAAUCAAAUUGCUGUGUUUUUAAUAGGGUAACAUCUAAAUUGAUCCAUGUUUAUCAAGGUCUUCACAGCAUGUGUUGAUUUGCAGCUGCAAGAGAUUUCCCCAGUCUGUCACCUUCAAACAGCCAAUUUUUCUCAGGAAGAAAAUCUAUUGUUCAUAGUUGCUUUUGCUGAAGUGGUAGAUUUUGUUGCAUAAAUGUAUUUCUUUGGUGACAAAUAUGGAAACUUGUAGUGGGGAGGUCAACCUACUGUUUUUAAACUGGUUGGAAUGGUUCUUAAUAAGUUGGACCCUUUAAAAAAUGGGAUACAUUUUGUUACACAGCUGUUUUAAUUACUUGUCUCUGUGAAAAUGUGACUAGACGCUUACUCACAUUUUUCAAGGAUAAGACAACAGAGAUGGUCAUAAAUGAGUCAUUGUGCGUGUAUCUGAUUAUUACAAUGAGGAAGCACUUUCUUGCACAUAAACUUCUUUGUGUGAAUGACAUAAUUAUUUCAGCAUCUGUAGAGCACACUGAGGAAGUUCUGGGGUCAAUCUCCAGUAAAAGGAUUUUAGGUUCCUAGCUGGCAAAGGCCCAUAUUUGAUACCUCAGCUGGUUCUGGACUAGGUGGAUCUCAUCUGCUAAAAGAUAGCUUAUUGUACAUCUAUACUGGUUAAUCAUGGGCAGGAAUACAAAUGCAUGAGAAAAAGGCAAGACUCAAAAUGGUAUGAAGAUGCAGGAAACUUUACUAAGAGUUAUAAAAUGCCCAAUGUAUUUUAUUACGCAACUUUCUCAGGAGCACUGAAUAGUAGGCCUUAGUUCAAAAUACUCUGUACAAAAAUAUUCAUCAACUCAAAUUACAUAUAGCAUUCACAGUCAUGAAACAGCCACUUAGAAAAGUGAUACAGAGAGCUUUAUAACAAAACUUUCCUUUAUACUGCAAAUCCCGCGAUCCUAUAAAUCUUGUGUGUUUUUCCUUCGGGGCUCUGCAGUGUGUUAUAUAGAUAGUCCAAGAUUUAUUUAUUAGGGAUGUGAUGUUUUUCAUUACAGUAUUCUAUAUUAUUUGUUUUACAUGUUUGUAUUGUUUGUUUGUAUUUCCAUUUCUAGUUUUUUUUGCUUAUGUUUUUCUUGCGAUGGUUAUAUUUUUCUUCUGGGAAGUGGGGAAGUAUGUAGCUUUAUAGACUCGUCUAUUCCAUCUAUUCUCUUUAUCACCAGUUGUGUGACUCUGUCCCUCUCGUUUCUCUCAAAGGCAAGGAAGUAGCCUUGCUCCAGUGAGGACUCAAAUCUGUAGAAAUGUCUGUCAGCUUUGGAAAAUGGGGUUUUGAAGAAUAGCAUAUCACUUUUUUCUCCUGGAAUGAAUUCUGGGACAUCUCUUGGCUGGAAAGAAAAAAGAUUAGAAAUGUAUCAUCUUAAAGAAAGUUCAGAAUCUUGCAAACAGUGUCUGAAGCAAGGCCUUGAUCAAACCACCAAACACAGAGUCAAAAGAAGCCCAGAGAGACCCCAUGCUAAACAGCCAGUUUAGGAAGGCUUCUCAGUGUUUGAAUUAAAUAUGCCUCUCUGUAAUUUAAGACCCUUGUUGGAGAGUAGACUCAAGCAAUAGGAUCCUGUCACUGCAAGUAGUUCUGGGAACUGGUUAAUACUUUGAUAUGUAACUCACAUGGAAAAUGAAACACUAUAGAUGCUCAUCAGACAGUUUCACAUGACCAUGACUUGGCCCUGGUCGCUCCAUGCUCUAGCCGUGAUUGUGCACAGUGAGAUGUAAUGCAACAAACCACGGUUUGUUGUGAUAUCUGAAUUUGUGCUAUCAGACAAACCAUGGUUUGUGAAUGUCCAUGAAACCAGGAUCUGAAACCUGGAUUGAGAAGCUGGUGUGCAUACGACUGUUGGGAAAAACUGGUUUGGUGUUACAUGUAAACCUGCUUUUUCUGUGUUACUUGAGCAUAUGCACAGAGACAAAUGGAACUACUUGAUAUUAUUUAAUCUACUUAAAAUGUUUUACUGGGCUUUUCCAAAGUUGGUCCCAUUUCACUUACACUGGUGCUCAGUCAUUGGUCCAUUCUGCCCCAUUUUGUACUUCUUAUUAUUUAAAGUAAUAACUAAUUUUGAACCUUCUUUUUUAAAAAAAACUUUGUUGAUAAAAUCAUGGCUAAUACAGGGAAAAAAGCUAAAUUUGGACAUGAUUUGCCUCCAGGAAACACACAUUGUGAAGAAACGCAGAAGGAUUUUGAUUAAUAAAAGAUUGGGAAAGGAUUUUGUACCGCAUACCAAAAAAAGAAGAGAGUUUUGGAAAAGCAAGAAACCUUAGAAGAAAUAAAACGAAAAGAAAAAUAAAUAAAUUCCCCUCGAAAAGAGAUUGUGAAACAGAUUGAGAUAUUGCAAACACAGAUCUCACUGAUAAUAUUUCAAUAAAUAGAGUGGGAAAUUAAAUAUUUAAAACAGAAACAAACAGGCUAACAAACCAGGAAAACUAUUAACAUGGCAAAUAAAGAAAAGACAAGGAAAAUCCUGUAUAAAUAAAAUUAAUAUAGGAGGCAGAGUUGUGGAAAAACCCUAAAGAAAGAAGAGAUUAAUUUAUGAGUUUUUAUACAGAAAUAUAUCGAGCUAAUAAAUUUAAGGAACCGCAGAAAGAAGAGGAAGGCAGUCAAGUUUUGAAAUGUUAAAAUGAUUGUAAAACUAUUGAAAUGUAUAUAACUGAAAAUCAUAAAUUAAAUAAUAAUAAUAAAUUACACACAUUACCAUAUGUGUUUUCUCAAAAUACAUAAAUUUCAAUUCUUUUCAUGCACUUUCCUGUGAAAUAUACAUCUUAUACACAUUUUAAUCAUAGCAUACGUAUUUUUGGAACGUAUAUGUUCCAAUGCACAAGGAAGUUUGGGACUGUCAACCUGGGUCAGUCUGCUGCGAAAAGAUGACUCAGCCAAUUCCUCAUCCAUCCCUUCUUGACCUGCCCAAGUCCCUUCUUGAGAGUCAACAAGGCUGCAACGUUAAAGGUACACAACUUUAAAAGUGAGUCUUUAUGGCAAUUGGCAGUGGCUUACCCUAAACACCACCCUCAUGUUGCUACCAUCUUUCACGAUUUGCAUGAUGUAAGUUUCACCGUUCCACUUUGUGCUGAAGGCCACUGGCAGUCCUCUCAGGUUGGUGUCUUGGUAAAUGUGAAUAUUCAACGAGAUUCCAGGUUCUGUGCACAAAGGACAAUCAGGCACCUUUUGAAAAAGUCUCUAGGAGUGGCUAACAAAGCUCAGAGAUGAGCGCCUACAAUUGCACCACUUUCCUUGAAGUUUAUCACCUACUGUCAACACCAUUCACCACCGCUUCCCUUUGAUUAAGAUGUGAUGUAUUCAGCAUGCUGGAUUUCUGCACCAAGAAACCUCAAAAGUGUGUAACCUUGUGUUAGUGACUCAAAAGCAUUUGACCAGCAGUAGAGGAGACUCUUGAGAGUCCCAUGGACUGCAAGAAGAUCAAACCUCUCCAUUCUGAAGGAAAUCAGCCCUGAGUGCUCACUGGAAGGACAGAUCCUGAAGCUGAGGCUCCAAUACUUUGGCCACCUCAUGAGAAGAGAAGACUCCCUGGAAAAGACCCUGAUGUUGGGAAAGAUGGAAGGCACAAGGAGAAGGGGACUACAGAGGACAAGAUGGUUGGACAGUCUUCUUGAAGCUACCAGCAUGAGUUUGACCAAACUGUGAGAGGCAGUGGAAGAUAGGAGUGCCUGGCGUGCUCUGGUCCAUGGGGUCACGAAGAAUCGGACACGACUAAACGACUAAACAACAACAAGAGCAUGUGGCCUUUGUGUGAUUAACUGACAGUCUCUGCCUUGUUUUUAGUGAAUGCUGGAGCAAAUAUUCAACACUUCUACAAGAGCAAGCAGAAGUCACUUGCUAUAGACAAGCUGAAUCAGGUGACAAUGGGGGCUGAUCAGAUAUCUGCAUAAAAUGGAUGGCUUUUAAAGAACAUGAUAUAUGAUCCUUUUCCCCCAGUUUGAACCUAAGUGUACUGCUGGGUCAGACUCCAUCUACUCCAGCAUGUUGUUCUCAUGUUGGCUAACCAGAUGUUCUAAUGGGAAGCUCAGAAGCAGGUCAUGAGCACAAUACAGUGGUACCUUGGUUCUCAAACUUAACCCGUUCUGGAAGUCCAUUCCAAAACCAAAGCGUUCCAAAAACCAAGGCACGCUUUCCCAUAGAAAGUAAUGCAAAAUGGAUUAAUUUGUUCCAGGCUUUCAAAAACAACCCCUAAAACAGCAAUUUAACAUGAAUUUUACUGUUUAACGAGGCCAUUGAUCCAUAAAAUGAAAGCAAUAAACAAUGUACUGCAGUCACACAAUCAAUCAAUCAAUCAAUCAAUCAAUCAGUAACUGAACUGGGUUCCACACAGACACAAAACAAAAGAGCUGCAAAAAUAGAAAUGCAAAAUGAGUAGCAAAAUCAGACAGACAUCAGCGUAACACUAAAAACAGAAGUGUGGCACUCAAAUCGUCAGCGUAACAUUCAAACCAGAGCACGUUUGGCUUCUGAAAAAAGUUUGCAAACUGGAGCACUCCCAGGUUUGCAGUGUUUGGGUUCCAAGUUGUUUGCGUACCAAGGCGUUUGAGAACCAAGGUAUCACUGCAGUACCCUUUUACUUGUGAUUCCCCCCAAAAGUUGUUUUUCUGUAUUUCAUCAAAGAGGGAUGUGGUGGCUAUGAACAUUUACAGGUGCAGUGCAUCUUGUAAGACAACUAGUGGUUUUUAACUAUCAGUGUGCUCCAAAAGCAUUUCCUGUUUAAUAUAGGUUGUUUUUAAAAACUGCAAUGGAUUCACAUCUCCCCUUGCGCAACUUGUUCCAUUAUUAAACUUCUCUUAUACUUACAAAGCUAUUUCCUAAUGAGCAAUCUAACUGUACACACCUGCAGUCGUUGUGUUUAAAUGUUUUAUUUUGUUCCUGAAUACAUGAAGCAAGAGAAAAAAAUAAGGUGGGAUAGGUGAAACCGGUUCAGACUUCAAGGAAGGGUUGGAAGUAUUACUGUACCGUUUAUCAUUUCUUCGUCUGUCAUGGGUUCAAAUGCUGCUAUGGCAUCAGCAUCAUCCUCUGGUCUCACGAUGAGCACGUGAUUUUCUUGGUUUCGGAAGAUCUGUGCUGCCUUGCAUUUUUCGGAUUUUUUAAAGCUGUCUGCUUCUAAACCUUUCAAGAGACAUGAUAAAUGUGGAUUCAGAAGGAGGGCUGUAGAUUUUUCUCUUCCAGAAAGUAAUUGUUUGGGAAAGUUUGUAAUGUUUGAGGUUUUAUCGUGUUUUUAAUGUUGUGUUGGGAGCUGCCCAGAGUGGCUGGGGUAUAAAUACAUAAAUAAUAAUAAUAAUAAUAAUAAUUGCACCUCACACGAGUGCUUUGAAGUGGGGCGAUUUUCUAAUGCUUGAAUGUUGAAUUAACUCUUCUUCAGGCAGGUUCAUCCUUGAAUCAGUAUUUUCAGCAGGCCUAGAUCUCGUCCCCUCCCCUCCCCAACCAUAUUUUAUUACACCAUGUGUAAGCACUGUUCUUCCUCUCUUCUUCUCUUCUGAGAUCAUUUCUGAGUAUUAAGCCGCGGUUUCCCAUUACACCUGAACUGGGAAACUCAGAGCACUGCUCCUAGCCAGAAAGGAUAUGAAACCACUCACUAACCCUGGUUUCAUAUCCUGUUUUAUAAAUGGAAAUUAAACCAUAGUUUCCGUAUUCGGAAUUAAGGGGAAACACUGCCAAUAAGACUUGAUUGAUGUGCUGAAGCUGAGUGAGGAUUGACAAUGAAAGAUGUGGUCACAACACAUGCUCUCAGUUUAAUAAACCAUAAUUCUGGACUAGGAUUAUAAUCUUUGAACUACAUCAGUUCCACCUCUUGAUUAUUAUUAUUUUUUUGUUCUUUUGUCUUGGGUAACACAGCACUGUAUACAACUGCUGUUAUAUUGGUGCAUAAAUCUGAUUGGCUGUGCUGUUACAUGUGAUUUAAUUUACUGAAAGUUUGGUGGCCUUGCAUCAUGUAUUGCACGAAACCAUGGCCAUUCUUGCUAUGUGAUGUUCAGCUGGGCAUGUGGAACCACUUGAUCUUAUUAAUUCAUUGCUGAAGUUAGAAAGCAAAGCUGACAGUGAGGAAAUGGCCCAAUACUGAUUUUCCACAGCAUUUGAUUAAAUGGGGGGAGAAACCACCUAUCCCAUAAAGUUGAAUUCUCCAUACAAAGUGUAACACCACAAAACAUUGGCACAACUCUUGUUUGUUGAGUAAUUUAUAACAGCGAAUUUACAACUACCUUCAUCUUCUGUUCCAGCCAAACCACGAGCAGAGUUGGGAGAGAAAGGGAAAAUGUUGUUAGAGUGCAUCCAGACAAUUGAUUAUUUGCUAGCUGGGUGUAUUCUAUACCCCCAUCCCGCUGAAUACAAAGGAAUUGAUAUUUAUCCCCCCCCCCAAAAACCCCUCCCUCCUGUUACCAAUUGGAUUAGAACAGGGGUUGUCAACCCUUUGGGGCCUAUAGGUAGAGCUGGCCCAGGACAUUUUGACUCCUGAGGUAAACCACAACCCCCAGCCAAAAAGGGAAGAAGGAGUAAAUGGAGAUCUACAUCAGGAACGGAGGGGAUAAAGAUCUACAUUGUGGCACCAAAACUGCCUUCUAUUUGCCAAGAGGUUACUGUGGAGGAGCUGCCAAGAAGGCAACGGAUCUGGUCUCCAAGGAGCAUGCCACAGCUGUUGCUGCUACCGUGGCAGCAGCAGCAGGUGAUGCAUUUCUUGGAAGCCAGAUCUGCUGCCCCAAGGAUCCUGCCAUCUGAGGCGGGCGCCUCACCUUGCCUCAUGGGUAGGCUGCCCCUGCCUGUGGGCAUACAGUGGUACCUCGGGUUAAGAACUUAAUUCGUUCUGGAGGUCCAUUCUUAACCUGAAACUGUUCUUUUUAAAAAUAUUUUAUUAUUAAAAUAAUUCAACAUUACAGUGGUACCUCAGGUUAAGAACUUAAUUUGUUCCAGAGGUCCGUACUUAACCUGAAACUGUUCUUAACCUGAAGCACCACUUUAGCUAAUGGGGCCUCCUGCUGCUGCCACACCGCCGGAGCACAAUUUCUGUUCUCAUCCUGAAGCAAAGUUCUUAACCCAAGGUAAUAUUUCUGGGUUAGCAGAGUCUGUAACCUGAAGCGUAUUUAACCUGAAGCGUAUGUAACCCGAGGUACCACUGUAGUCAUUUUGGUGGUAGGACCCUGAUUAUGGCCAUAGCAACACCUCUGCAGAAAAUCAAACCAAAAUAAUCCAGGCGAGAGUUACCUUCAAAAAAGAGGGUCCCAUCAUCUUCAAUACGCAGUGGACACAUCUGAAUUAUAUCAGCCAUCUUUGCUCUAGGAGUGGGGUAGGAGGAAGAAAAGGGUUAAUAAUAUGUAUCGGUUCUCUAAAGAGUGUUCCAAGGUACAUGAUGCCUUUCUGCUUCCAUGCUCAGGUGCUCCACAAUGUAGUGUGGCAGAACUGUUAGGGAGACACACACAGAAUUCAGGCAGCUGGAAUUAGUACCAUGGCUGCUGACCAAUGAAAGGGUUUUUGGGAGCUGUAGUCCAUAACGCACGGAGGGCACAGAGUUGGUGAAGAUCUGCACAAAGCGAGUUGUGAGGGAUGUAGUGGCUGCAUAUUUCUUGUGAAAACUAUGAAUGAAGAUUUCCUACUUCUCUGCCGCAGAACACUGACCUUUCUUGUUUGCAAUGACACCACUAGAUUAUUAAUAAUAAUUUACAUAGUCCAGAAAUGUAAUGCAUACACAAAUAAUGUAAAAAAGGUAAAGGACCCCUGGACAGUUAAGUCCAGUCAAAGGCGACUAUGGGGUUGCGGCGCUCAUCUCGCUUCAGGCCGAAGGAGCAGGCGUUUGUCCACAGACAGCUUUCCGCGUCGUGGCCAGCAUGACUAAACCGCUUCUGACGCAACAGGACACUGUGACAAGUGCCAGAACGCACGAAAACGCCGCUGCUGCAGUACCUAUUUAUCUACUUGCACUUUGACAUGCUUUCGAAUUGCUAGGUUGGGAGGAGCUGGGACAGAGCAACGGGAGCUCACCUCGUCACAGGGAUUCAAACAGUUGACCUUCCUAUCAGCAAGCCCAAGAGGCUCAGUGGUUUAGACCACAGUGCCACCUGCGUCCCUUCAAAUAAUGUAUCUUGAUGCCGUAGGUGUCCUCUUUGGUAUCCUAUUGAAGCUGAAUUGUUGUCUGAUGUUCAAAAAAUAUGGUAAACUUUCCCCAUCCCUUUAUCUCCUUGCUAGGAAAAUCUUCCCAAAGUAAGCUAGUGCAGAAGUUUAUGAUACAAUACGAUACAAUACAAUACAAUACAAUAUCUUUAUUGUCAUUGUCCCAUACAGAACAACGAAAUUGAAAAAUCUACAUAAGACAUUCCAAACCCAACAAGCCUGCUAUCCCAGCUAUCCCAACCUGGUUAGCCCCCUAAAAACUCUGAUAUCCCAUUUUUAAAUACAAUAUACUCCCAUAGAGACUCCUUACAAUGCGUUUAAAACCAAAAUCGUAUUUGGGUAGAAACUGUUUCUCAGGCGGCUAGUCCUAGUCUUUAUAACCCUGUACCUUCUUCCAGGAGGCAGAAGCUGAAAGAAAUCAUUUCCGGGGUGCGCACUAUCCUGCGCUAUCUCUGCAGCUUUCUUAUGGCACCUGGAAGCAUAGAUUUGAUCCAAGGUGGGAAGAGUGCACCCACCUUGGUUCCUUGUGGCAAUACUCUAUGGUUCCUUGUGGCAAUACUCCAGUUGUUACCCCAUCCUCAAUACUUGACAACUGUGCCCACUACAGCUGCAAGGCUGGUUUACUUCCGGUAGGGAUAUCUUUAGGGAUGUCAAUGAAGCAGAUUGCAAUCCAAGAGGCUGUGUCUUAGCAGCAUCCUCUUUGCAUAGCUGUCAACUUACAGAUUUGAAAAUAAGGGACCAGCAGCCUCAAAAAUAAGGGAUCAGCAGCCAAAAUAAGGGAUUUUAGUCAACCAGCUCCCGAGCCAAAGGCAGAAAGCCCAGCCAGCAGCCAAACGAAGCCUCAAGUGGUGGUUCCCACAGUGCAGCAACCCAGCAAAGGGGAUGCAGCAAGGAAAACCACCGUCACCUCUCCGCUGGGAAGCGCUGAGCAAAGGCGAGCCCCCAGGCAACGCACACAAGGCAUGCAAGCUCCACCCCCCAGUCGUUCUUAGACUCCUUAUUGGGUGAGCAACGCAGCCAAGCAACACAGUUGGAGCCUCCCUCCUCCCUGGCCAGCAGAGAGGAGCUGCUUCCUUUGAAACCCUGGAAAUUUAAGGGACAUCAUCAAUAAGAGACAGCAGUGGGACACAGCGCUGGGAUAAGGGACUUUCCCGCCAAAUAAGGGACAGUUGACAGCUAUGCCUCUGUGAGGGAUUCUGGGGCGCCCCUCUUGUGUUUGGGGGAGACAGAGGCUGGUGGCCCCGCCUAGCUGUGCCCAGCUCCGCACCCACUUCUUGCAGAGUAGAUGGAUUGACUUAGCGGUCCCAGGUCCCCCUUUCUUAGCAGCUCCUGACAGAUUUCCAAGCUGCAGCCUCAGGACUGGCUUCCUUUGCAACCCAGACCUUCAUUGGCCCUAAAGUACCAGCCCCAGGCAGGAGGCCAAGCUAGGAAGGGUGCCCUGUUGCCCCUCUUGCACACAGCCAGGCAGCCACCCACAUCAUCGCAGCGCCAGGCUGCCCAUCCUCACCUACCUGCCUCCUGCGCAGCCCAAGAUCCGACGGCAACCGAGUCAGCUGAACCUUCACAAGCGACUGGGGAAGUAGUGGCUGAGGUCUGAGUAAAUGUGGAUGAUGCAGAAGAACAGCCAAGCUGGGCGGUGCGUGGAGAGGAAGGGAGGAACAGACAGGAAAGCAGUGCACCAGACCAGACAGUUUUACCACCAACCAUAUGACGUUUUUUAUUGGGUUGUACAGUGCUGUAAUUGAGGAAGGGCUACUGUGGCUCAGUAGCUGCCAUGCACGUAAGAAGGUCCCAGGUUCUUGGCAUUUCCAGGCGGAGCUGGGAAAGGAAAAUGAGCAGCAAGAUUGCAUCCACUCAAACAGAACCAUUACUGUUGAAAAUAAGAAAACUGGAGGGCGGUUGGAGGGGAGUUAAGCAGAAACUGGGUAUGUGUGGAAGGACUGCCAAGUCAGUUCAUCUAUGCUACUCUCAAACCACAUUCCUGGCCUCUACUUAGAAUUAUUUGACUCAACGUUUAUGGCAUUUGUGUAUGGUUGGUGUGUAUGGUUGGUGUGUCUCCAAAAACAAAGGUGAACCUGAUAGCCUUAUAGCCUGUAGUAGAGAGUCCUGAUUUAGAUGCACCAAUGGUCUGACUACCUGUUUAAGGUAGCUUUUUUAGGUUCCUUCCUAUCUUUCUGGACUUCCUUGAAAAAAGAGAAAAAAAUGCUUCAAAUAACUUAAUAAAUAUAACUACAAAGACAUGAUUUGGAGUUGAACAAGUAUGCCCCCCUCAAUCUUUUCUCUUUAUCCCAAAACUCAAGAAUCAAGAAUGCUCACGCCUCAUUUCUCUUUGUAAUAUAUAAAAUUAUGAGUAGCUUAUUUCUCAGCAGUGGCAAUGGAGCAGAUGCCUCUCGGACCAGGAAAGCCUGUGCACUCUGUCCAUGCUCAGUGACGCUUUUUAUUUGCUCCUGAGUUGUGCUCUGGCAUUGAAUGUAGGUUCUGGCUGUGUCCAUCUGGGAUUGAGCCUUGGCUCCAAGUCCUUCACUUCAGAAGUCGGCAUUUUGGGCUGUAUGGAUCUUUGAAACCUUUUCUAAUUCUUUAAUAAUGCAUCACUUAUUUAUUCAUUCACAGGUCUCUGCAAACUGUUUGCAUCUUUUUAGCUCAUUUUCCAGAAAUGGAGCCUCAAUCACCUCAAGGAUGUCCCACAACAGCUGAGGUGUCAGUAAAUAGCAGAGCAAUAGUCCUUUAGUUCCCAUUUUAAUUCUUCAAACACUAACAACAUUCCCUUUCUUCCUACUUUACUACAGAAACAGUGUAUGCCCUUAACUGUACAUGAAGAGUUCCUAGUCACAGUAAACUUUUCAGGAUGAUUAAAAACCUCCAUAGUUCUUUAGCUUAACAACCUUGAGUAUUAACAGGCAAUCUAAUUUAAUUUUAAUCAGUUUAAAUAACUCACUUCACAAAUGCUCAGCCGGAAUAAGAUGCCGAACUAGAAGGGCUGUUUUAUUUAACAACAAAAAUAUUAUCAAACUUAUGCAUAGAUUAUUAUUAUUUAAAUGGAGACAUUUACUGAUAGUUGGUUCUCUGAGCAUCAAUAAGGAGUUUGAUGUGAACAAUUAUACAUUCCAAUAAUAAUAAUAAUAAUAAUAAUAAUAAUAAUAAUAAUAAAUAAAAUAAAAUAAAAUAAAAUAAAAUAAAAUAAAAUAAAAUAAAAUAAAAUAUUUAUAUCCCGUCCUCCCCAGCCAAAGCAGGGCUAACAACAAUAAAAGUAACACAGCAUUCUAAAAUCAAUUCAUUUUAAAAUCAAUUCAAAAUCAAAUUAAAUUAAUGGCAACCAUUGGGCUAGAGUUCUGUGAAGAUUACCAAAGGAGGGGGUCAGACUGUGCCUUGGCCAAAGGCCUGGUGGAACAGCUCUGUCUUGCAGACCCUGUGGAAAGAUGUCAGGUCCUACAGCGCCCUAGUCUCUUGUGGCAGAGAGUUCCACCAGAUCGGGGCCAUGGCCGAAAAAGCCCUGGCUCUGGUUGAGGCCAGCCUAACCUCCCUGUGGCCCGGGACCAACAAUAUGUUUUUGUUUGAAGACUGUAAGGUCCUCCGUGGGGCAUACCAGGAGAGACGGUCCCGUAGGUAUGAGGGUCCUAGGCCGUAUAGGGCUUUAAAUGUUAAAACCAGCACCUUAAACCUGAUCCUGUACUCCACUGGGAGCCAGUACAGUUGGUAUAGCACUGGGUGAAUGUGAUCCCACGGCGAGAACCCCGUAAGGAGUCUCGCUGAGCCAUUCUGCACCUGCUGUAGUUUCUGGGUCAGUCUCAAGGGCAGCCCCACGUAGAGUGAGUUACAAUAAUCAAGUCUAGAGGUGACCAUUGCGUGGAUCACAGUGGCUAGGUCAGGGCGAGAGAGGUAAGGAGCCAACUGCUUAGCUUGGCGGAGAUGAAAAAAUGCCGCCUUUGUUAUAGCUGCAAUCUGCGUCUCCAUGGCAAACAAAUUAUGCAAUUUCAUGAGAAAAAAUAAGUAAGACAGGGAAUGUACUGCUCCCACAAGGCCACAGGUGAAUAACAUGCCCAUUUGUUUGCCUUUGGGAAAAACUGGAGUUUGUAUUUAUGUCUCUUAACAUAAAUGCCCAGACUUUUCUACUUCUUUAUCUGUCUUUGGAAUUAAAACCAUGCUUCUCAAAAGAACAAGAAACUGUAACUAUUUCCCUUAAAAAAAGAUAUUUAAAUUUUUGAGUAUUUUUUUGAGGCAGGCUAUUCAUGCAAAUAAAUGAUUAAAGUAAGAGGUGUCAAUUUGCUCAGGUGCUUGUUUUGAUAGCCUAAUCUAUUUUAGCAUACCCCAUUCACUUUUCAUAAGUGAUGAAAGUAAUAGUUAAUAGCACAGUCCUAACCAUGUCUACUCAAAAGUAAGUCCCAUUGAAUGCACUGUGGUUUAUUUCCAGGUAACAUGGGUAGUAUUUUGCAGCCUAGGUGCUAAGGAGUUAGGUAUUUGCUCAAAGGAUAUGCCAAAUUUGUGUUCAUGAUGGCAACUGGAUAUGCUAAAUAGGUUAGAGUAGAAUGUCAGUUGGGACGUGGGUGGCACUGGGGGUUAAACCACAGAGCCGAUCAGAAGGCCGGCGGUUCAAAUCCCCGUGACGGAGUGAGCUCCCAUUGCUCAGUCCCUGCUCCUUCCAACCUAGCAGUUCGAAAGCAUGAAGUGCAAGUAGAUAAAUAGGUACCGCUCCAGCGGGAAGGUAAACGGCUUUUCUGUGCGCUGCUCUGGUUUGCCAGAAGUGGCUUAGUCAUGCUGGCCACAUGACCCGGAAGCUGUACGCCGGCUCCCUCGGCCAAUAAAGCGAGAUGAGCGCAGCAACCCCAGAGUCGGCCAUGACUGGACCUAAUGGUCAGGGGUUCCUUUACCCUUACCUUAGAAUGUCAGUCUAAGUCAUUUUGUACCACUGAUGUCAGUGUGAUUAUGUUUCACUACUACCCAUUGCGUCAUGGAGGAAAUAUUACCGGAAUAAAAGGUUCAGCAUCCUAACAAGGAACUGGAAGAAGGAGAGGAAGUAGCUGGGUUUUUUGGGUGUUUGCAGUGCCCACAGUUUGUCCAGGAAGUAUCAGUAUGUUGUGGCGGCAUUGUGUGGGAAAACUGCAUUUGCAGAGUGGAAGGGUGAUUCAUAAGAAUUGGGAAGUGGGAACCCUGCCCUCACUCCCUUGACUUACUGGUAGGUAUAUUUAAAACCUGUAAUCAAAUCACUGGUCUGUCUCUAGGCCAGUGAAAAAACUUGUCUCUAAGAUUCCUGUGUUUCCAGGAGACUCCCUAUUGAAAUCAAUUUAGUAUUAGGAAAUUUGGUGUCCUCAUUCAGUUCAGUAUAAUAACAGCUGAUGCCAGAUAUUCUGCUCAUUUGUUGGAAACUUUAAUUUUCCUUCAGUAUUUGCAUUUACUAUUAUAAUUAUAUUGGCCCUGCCUCUUGGCUGGACACUUUUUCCACAGUUUUGUAACUUGGUAAAUUAUCCAGCUGAGAGACUGUUUAAAAUCCAUUUGAAAGCAUCUUUAAUGGCAGGGAGGCUGUUUUACCACUGUAUUAAGUUUUCAAAUUACCGUAUUUUUCGCCCUAUAGGACGCACCGGCCCAUAGGACGCACCUAGUUUUUUGGGGGGGGGGGAAUAAAGAAAAAAAAAUUUAUUCCGCCCCCCCAGCCGCAGCUUCAGUGCACCCAGGCACUGAAUGGAUGUCUGCCCGAAGCGCGGGGUGUUCUGCUGCAGCGCACCCCGUGCUCCGGGCAGCAGGCUGCUAUCCACAGCCUAGGGAGCCCUGCGGGAACUCCCGCAGGCUCCCCAGGCUUGCUGAUAGCUUCCUGAAGCCUGGAGAGCGAGAGGGGUCGGUGCGCACUGACCCUUCUCGCUCUCCAAGCUUCAGCGAAAGCCUGCAUUCGCCCCAUAGGACGCACACAGAUUUCCCCUUCAUUUUUUGGAGGGGAAAAAGUGCGUCCUAUAGGGUGAAAAAUACGGUAGUUUAAAAUACUGCUUUCCUAUUCAGGUCUUAAUAAGCAUCAUUUACCAUUGGUUGGAAGUGUCUGAAUCAUAUGACAUGUCUAAUUUUUCUUCAGGGCCUUCUAGCAGAGAAUUCUGCCGCAGUAUGAGGUUGCAGGGUUGUAUUAUUAUUUGUUAAAUUUAUAUAUAGUUUUUGGCAUUCAUUCUCUCAUUUUCUUUCUAGAUGCAAAUCUUUUUACAUAACUUUAUUAACUACAUUCUCAUGUGCUUAGAAGCCCAAUCUUAAAUGCCACUUACACACCUGGUAGUAACUUGCUAUGGUAGUACAGUUAACAAAUAGCAUGACGUUAAUGAUUUGUCACAGUUAUGGUACAAAAUAUGCUAUCCGUACAUAUGUUACCGCAAGGAAUUCUUUGCAACAUCGAUCUGUAAACAUUCUGUUACUCAAGUGUGCAUCGGAAUACAACCUGAAAUAAUACCAGUAAAACCAACUUAAAAGAAAUUAAACUAAAGCAAUUUCAAAUGAAAUUAUUACAAAUUACACUUAGGCAGAAAUUAAUUCAAAGAAAUAGCAGAUGUAAUGCGAUUCUAAGAUAAAGUAUAAAUUUGCUAGUAGAAAGAGAUUAAUGGAGAAUAGUGUUCCAGCUGGACACUAUCAGGCAAUAUAUAUUUGGAGAAAAAUAUAACUAUGAUGUUGGCUUGAGUGGAAAAACCAUACAAACUCCAGAUGACCCUUGCUGGAGCUAUGAAGUUGGUCUGGGUCGGUCAAUACUUGAAUGAGGAACCGCCUGGAAGCUCCAUGUAUAUUGUUUUAAAACAAAUACAACGAAUUGACAGCAACCCUGAAAUGACACAGACUGCCCUCCUUAUGACAAUCAAAAGGCAGAAACAACCAUUCUGGGCCCAAAUACUUCCUUUUAUCUUACUUUUCAGAACCACCACUCUACUCUCUCUGGAAUGUAUCUAUGGAGAUUUACCUCCCAAAGGUCACCCGUUAUCAAAUCCAUAACCACAUAUAUUGUUUUACAUCUAUCUAGCCUUACAGUGGUACCUCGGGUUAAGUACUUAAUUCGUUCCGGAGGUCCGUACUUAACCUGAAAUUGUUCUUAACCUGAGGUACCACUUUAGCUAAUGGGGCCUCCUGCUGCCGCCGCGCCGCUGGAGCAUGAUUUCUGUUCUCAUCCUGAAGCAAAGUUCUUAACCUGAAGCACUAUUUCUGGGUUAGCGGAGUCUGUAACCUGAAGCGUAUGUAACCUGAAGCGUAUGUAACCCGAGGUACCACUGUAUUUACUUAUAACCUGUGAGAUUACGCCUUUAACCACAUGCUUUAACCAUAGUUUGGGGAAAUUGUUUGGCACAUCUUUGAACACUUCUCUGCAGAAUCUGAUGUUUUUUAUCCCUCAUAUGCCUCCCAUUUUAUAUAUCUUCUCCAUUUUGAAAGCAAAUCAAAGAAGCAGCCCAUAGAAAACUGAACUGGGUUUAGGGUUGUUGCAUCUAUCUAUCUAUCAUCUAUCUGUCUGUCUAUCUAUCUAUCUAUCUAUCUAUCUAUCUAUCUAUCUGGGAUUUAUUUUUGUCCUGCUCUUCAGGCAAAAAAGGCUCCCAGAGCAGCUUACACAUAUCACUGAGAAGCUAGUCCCUGCCCACAGGCUUACAGUUUAAAAGACGUGACACAAAAGGAAGGGUUAUUGGGAGGGAGGAAGAAAAAAGCAAGUUCUUCAUUAGCUAUAUUGCCCACCCAACCCUUUCUGCUACUUGGAUGUGAAGCGACAGCAGCUGUGGGACACUCUUUAUAUUUAUGAGAUAGUGAAGGAGAACCCCACCCCUGUAACUGUCAUUUUCUGCAAAGGGCCUGGGAGACAAUAUUAAGAGUGGGAGAGAAAAACAGAUAAGAGGCCCUAACUGUGAGAUAACCAGCCUCAUAUAACCAACAUGCUUUAAGUCUAAUUAAGGCGUGAAUGGCUUAGCUAUGUCCACUUCCCUUACCUUGGGAAGAAAUGAGUAAUCAAGCCUACUGUUCAACCCCCAACCAACCUGAGCACAGCAUGUAAAGAGGCUAAGUUGGUUGCUCCAGUUUAGCUGCAUGGCUCUCAGAAGCCACUCUUGAGUUCAUUUACCAGUAAUUUUGGAACUCUCACCACUGUAACUAAGCCAAGUUUUACUGCCUGUGUAACUUCUUCUGAAUGCUGUAUGGAAAAGCACAUGAAUCUGACCGACAGAAUUUGUAAGUAAGCCAUUUGUAACCAAAUAUUUGGUCUUUCUCCAUGCUAGGGGAAGAGGGAAGUUUUGGAACUCAUAAGGGCAUAUUUGAAAGAUCUAAUAGCCUAUAUUUCCACACAUUACUUUGCUGCAUAUUUUGUGAUUUUAAAUCUCUGUUGGGGUUCUCUCACCAAAGAGUACGUCUGUGCUGCUUUCCAUUCGCAUGAAUCCCAAAGUGCCUUACAAGCAAUAAAUAACAAUAACAAAACAAAACACCACAAGUACAGCAUAAAUCAUAUAAUUAACAAAACGUCAAUAAAACAAUUACGAUCUAUUAGCAAAGCAGCAGCUAAGAAAUAGGCUAAACAUCACAAUUACAGCAUAAGUGUACAAAUGUUUAAGAGUGGGAGUAUAAAAUGAAUAAUUACCGUAUUUUUUGCACCAUAACACUCACUUUUUUCCUCCUAGAAAGUAAGGGGAAAUGUCUGUGCGUGUUAUGGAGUGAAUGUCUACGGAUGGCGGGGGGAUCUGCUGCAGUCGUGAGCAGAGGAUCCAUGGUUCCCCUUUGUAGCAGGAACCCCCCACCCCAAUCAUUCAGUUUGUACAAACUUCACACACUCACACUCACACACUACAUAUGCCACACUUCUGUUAUAAAUUCAUAGAAAAAUCAACCAUACAUCGGAUUUGCACUGUUCCAUUUUUAUUUUACUCCAUAUGACAAGGACUAUCAAAGGGGGGUGGCUUGGUUCUGGUCAGCCAUAAUCCCUUCACCAUCCCAGCACAUCCACAGGAGCCCUGCCCAGUUGCUAUGCCAACCCUGAUGGUCCUAGACAGAAGACCAUCAAGAUCACAAAGAACUUGCAUAUGGGAGUGGAUUCAGCAUGGACUGAAACAAAGGACAAUGAUCAGAUCUUCCUCUGGGGGCAGGAAACUGCCAACUCCCUUUGUCUCCUGGAAGUGACUCAUGGGGAGGGGGAAAGGAGGAACCAGCCAGGUGACAGGACACUCAGGUUACCACCACAACUCCUCCCUCAACCCCUCCUUUCUGUAAUGUAUGCAUGAUGUUUCUGGGGGUGGGCUUGACCUAGAGGAUGGGAAUUUCAAAAGUUUUUAUAAGGUCUUGCACACCAUCUUUCUGGGUCUUUCCUCUCUCUCGCAAGUGAGGGGAACACCCUAUUGCAACAGUUCAAUAAAGGCCAAGCCUACAGGCUGCUGUUUUGCUCCAAGUUAUCCUGGUUGGUGUCUUUGUUUUUGUCCAAGGGAGCCCUCAGAUUUUUCCGGUAACACCUUCCUUCCCUUCUCCGUGGCUCGCUUUGAAACAGCAAAGCAGGAGAAGAGCCGCUGAGUGGGGAGGAGAGAGGGACAGAGAGCCUGCUUGCUUUAAAGGAGCAAAGCGGGAGAGGAGAGGAGCCGCUUACACGGGUCACCCUAAAUUCACCAUCAGAUCACAUAGCAUGUCCAUGGCUACAGCUUGCACCAAAAAAUCACGCACCCACUGUUGCCUGGGGCUGCAGUGGUGCAAAAACGUGGUUACAAAGCAUGGAUCCACAUGGAUCUUCAGGAUUUUUGCAUUGGGCUACUCCAAACUCACUGUCAGAUCACAUGUCUGUGGCCCCAGCAUGAACCACAAAAAUCAUACAUCCACUGUUUCGUUUAGAUUUUUUUUUCUUUUCUUGUUUUCCUCCUCUAAAAACUACGUGCGUGUUAUGGUUGGGUGCGUGUUAUAGAGCGAAAAAUACGGUAGUUUUCACUUGCAAAGACUGUAUAUUUGGGUUGCUAAUGAGACAAUGUUUUCAGCCAUUAGAAGUCUAAGCUUUUGGAAUAGUUUUCCUGGCAUAUUGAUAGGAAGGAGAAAAACGAGAGCUGGAUACAAUUGGAAGAAUAUUUUUGGACCAGUGACUAGGGUUUCUUUCAAACUCUAAGAGCUGGACAGCUAUGCGGUAAUGGUUUUGUCAGCAACAAUUCUGCUAAGAUGUGUCUUGUGCGCAACAAUUCUCUGUUUAACAAAUAUAUUUUAAUUGUGUAACGAUAGAAUGAUGUCAUACUUGCUGGCAGAAGAAAAAUUAGGCAACAUUUUAAACUAAGAAAUAUUGCUGUAGCGUUAGCUUAUUCUUCUGCCUUCUGCCAUUUCCUCUUCUUCUGACUCAUUUGUUUCUGGAAUGAUUUUUUUAUUUGUUUAAUCAGCUGUAUGUUUGGUAACAUGCCACAAAAGCACACCCUCCAUCUCCAUACGGGUUAUUCUGCAAUAAUUGACAAAUACAGUAAAUCCCUUACUUGCAAUAGUUAGCAAUGCAGGUAAGGUUUUCCCACCCAAUAAGCAUAUAGAAACAUGCUGAAUCGCCAUUUUUUUGUUACAGUGCUGAUGACGAUGCAGCCUAGAAUUGAAUUAGCUUUGUCCAUGACUUUGUGUAUGACUAAGAUAGCAGACAAGACAACGCUUUGUGUGUACAAGGCAAUUAAAUGUGUAGGAUAAAGGGAGACCUGGGCUGGCUCUCAAUUUUUUCCAUACUUCAUAAACAGGUACAGUGGUACCUCGGGUUACAUACGCUUCAGGUUACACACGCUUCAGGUUACAGACUCCACUAACCCAGAAAUAGUGCUUCAGGUUAAGAACAUCUCAGGAUGAGAACAGAAAUUGUGCUUCGGCGGCACAGCCCCAUUAGCUGAAUGAAGUGGUGCUUCAGGUUAAGAACAGUUUCAGGUUAAGAACAGAUCUCCAGAACGAAUUAAGUACUUAACCCGAGGUACCACUGUAUAUAAUUCAAAAGGGACUCAAACCAGUUUAGAAAGAGAGUGACUGUAAGAAAAGGAAAAGAAGAAAUAUGAAGGUAACAUCUUUCUAGGAAUUUUGUGUAUAGAAUAUUCAAAUUAUGGUUUGUACUCCUUAAAUAAUGUUGUGUAUUUGAUAAUUUCUUUUCUUUUCGAUUUCUUUCCUUUUUCUUUUUUAAAUCUCUAAAAUUUUCUUUUAUGUAUUUUUUUCUUUUUAGUAUAUGUGGUUUAGGAUCAACUUAUUCUUUUCUCCUGUCAAUUUUAAAAAUGCAACAAAGAUGAAUACAGUGGUACCUCGGGUUACAUACGCUUCAGGUUACAUACGCUUCAGGUUACAGACUCCGCUAACCCAAAAAUAUUACUUCAGGUUAAGAACUUUGCUUCAGGAUGAGAACAGAAAUCGUGUGGCGGCGGCGCAGUGGCAGCGGGAGGCCCCAUUAGCUAUAGUGGUGCUUCAGGUUAAGAACAGUUUCAGGUUAAGAACAGACCUCCAGAACGAAUUAAGUUCUUAACCUGAGGUACCACCGUAAUAAUAAUAAUAGUAAUAAUUUAAAAAUAUAAUUCAAAAGCGGCACCCAAAAGCUUGCCCCAAAUAAGACCCCUUUAAAGGCAGUUCGCCCCGUUAUUCUGCUCUGACUUUGCCUUCCACCAGACUGAGGGGGAAAGGAAAGACAACGUCUUCCCGCCAAAACGGCCAAAGCAGGACCCUCACCUCGUCCAGCCCAUUCCCCACGUCUCAGGGCGGGAAGCAAGGGAGCAGCAAUGGCUCCUUCCAUUUCUUCCAUCAUCACCAGCACCCUGAGGGAGGUGCCGGGUGCUGUGAGGGGGGAAAGGCAGCACAUUCAUAUAUGGGGUGUGGGAACUGUGGAACCAAAACACACACACACACACACACACAUAUGGAGAUGCUGAAAGUUAAAGGGCAUCCAUUGCGGGGAUGUUUAGAUUUACUUUUUAAAAAAUAUAUAUAUAUAUUUUUAUUGCCCCAUUUCCACGUAACAAAUUAUCAAACCAUAUCAUCACCUACAUAAUUUCCCCCCUUUCCCCCUCCCCCACACCAAGGACUUCCCUCCGUUCCUCUCCCUGAUUUCGCUGCACAUAUUUUCUCUGCAUAUUAUAAAAUUGUAUAUAUCCUUGCAUAUCUGUCCAUCAUGUUAUCAACAAUAAAUUUGUGUGUGUUUAUUCAAAACCUGCCAAGGAGUCCAGUUCAUUUUGUUGUGUUUUUAAAUAAUUUGUGUAAAGUUCCCAUUCCUCCUUGAAGUCACAGUUGUCCUUGUCUCGCAAUUUGUAUGUCGAUUUGGCCAGUUCUGCAUAGUUCAUCAAUUUCUCUUGCCACUGUUCUUUUGUCCGGGUUUCCUCAUUCUUCCAUCCUUGUGCUAUCAAGACUCAUGCUGGAUGUUUAGAUUUACUAAUCCCCCACAGCCACACCUCUUUCAAUGUGGGUGAGGGAUUAAUUUGUCCCUGGUGUUUGGAGCUCUAAGCAACAUUUGGCGGUGGUGCUUUAAAACAGGGUCCUUUAUUGUGUGGGGAGUUGGAGCUCAAUUUCUGUUGCUGCUGCUGCUCUGUUCUAAAUCUGUUAAGCGCUGAGGAACGAGGAACAGCUUAUUGAAAAGAAAUGGUUUCCUUUAAAAUAAAAGGCAUCUAGUCCUUGUAUUCCUUCCUCACCCCUUUGUCGGGGUUCACUGUGUGUGGUAAUGGUGCUGGUAAAGCUGUCAAACAACAACAACAAUCCCUCAGUGUCCUGCUCUAAAUGUGAUACUCAUUUACCUGGGAGUAAGUCCCAUUGCACUUAGUGUGGCAUAGUACUGAAGUGAUACGUAGACAAUUGUUCUGUAUGCCUGCAAUGCUAAGCACAUAAGAUGUAUAGCUUAUCUUAUUAUUUUUUUCGCAAUAUUCCUAUACUGUUUUAUGGUCGUAAACUCUUCCAGCAGUUUGUGAUGAGAUCAACAUAAUGUAAUUGAUGCGUUUGCUGACGAUUGGCUGGGGUGUGUGAGAAACAAAACUUGCGUGGCGAGUUCCCGCCUCCCCCCUCAGAAAUAAAGACACGAGACACAAGAAUUCGAGUUAAUGGGUCAAAUUAGGCCACAACUUUAUUGAUUACAGGAAUUGAGCGGUAUUGGCUUAGGCAUUGGUCCUAACAACUGUUACCGGAAAAAUCCGAAGGCUCCCUUGGACAAAAUAAAGACACCAACCAGGAUAACUUGGAGCAAAACAGCAGCCUGUAGGCUUGGCCUUUAUUGAACUGUUGCAACAGGGUGUUCCCCUCACUUGCGAGAGAGAGGAAAGACCCAGAAAGAUGGUGCGCAAGACCUUAUAAAAACUUUUGAAAUUCCCAUCCUCUAGGUCAAGCCCACCCCCAGAAACAUCAUGCAUACAUUACAGAAAGGAGGGGUUGAGGGAGGAGUUGUGGUAACCUGAGUGUCCUGUCACCUGGCUGGUUCCUCCUUUCCCCCUCCCCAUGAGUCACUUCCAGGAGACAAAGGGGAGUUGGCAGUUUCCUGCCCCCAGAGGGAAGAUCUGAUCAUUGUCCUUUGUUUCAGUCCAUGCUGAAUCCACUCCCAUAUGCAAGUUCUUUGUGAUCUUGAUGGUCUAGGACCAUCAGGGUUGGCAUAGCAACUGGGCAGGGCUCCUGUGGAUGUGCUGGGAUGGUGAAGGGAUUAUGGCUGACCAGAACCAAGCCACCCCCCUUUGAUAGUCCUUGUCAUAUGGAGUAAAAUAAAAAUGGAACAGUGCAAAUCCGAUGUAUGGUUGAUUUUUCUAUGAAUUUAUAACAGAAGUGUGGCAUAUGUAGUGUGUGAGUGUGAGUGUGUGAAGUUUGUACAAACUGAAUGAUUGGGGUGGGGGGUUCCUGCUACACAACUAACCAGCUUCAGCCUGCCUGCUUGAAGGCCGGUGAGGGUUAACCACCAGUAGAGGGAGUCCUGCUGAGGCACGUCAACUAGGACCUCCCCCCGGGGUCACGCCGUGGGCCCACACCUCCAUAGACUUAGGACAAGGCCACGCCCCCCGGAAUCCUUUACCGGACCAACCUUUGAUUUGGGAGAAGGUGAUGGCGCUACCUUCCCCCCUCUUCAUUUGCAUAACAAUAAAACAGUACCCCUACCAAUGCCUAACCGCCACUCGAGCCCAAGCUCGCCGCCAACACACUCAAACCUGUAACCAAUCCCUAAUCCCUAGGAUAAUAUCGUUCACUGCGAUAGGGGAGCGACAAUCUCUCCAAGUGCGCCUUUCCAACAAUGAUGACCACAGAAUGUUAAUACUGGGAUAAGAGGUAAGUAGUUCGUCAAAGUCUCUGAAGAUAUUCCAUUGUAAAUCUAUGGCUUUACGGUAGGCUAAGUCGUUUCCCCCCAGCUGUAUAAUUAAGGCGUCUGGUGGGCCUUCGAUCGCAGCUCUGUUCCUCAUACUCAUUUACCUGGGAGUAAGUCCCAUUGCACUUAGUGUGGCAUAGUACUGAAGUGAUAUGUAGACAAUUGUUCUGUAUGCCUGCAAUGCUAAGUGCAUUUAAUAGGGAGAGAGCCUUACUGAGCUUAAUAAGAUUUAUAGCUUAUCUUAUUAUUUCUUUCGCAAUAUUCCUAUACUGUUUUAUGGUCAUAAACUCUUCCAGCAGUUUGUGAUGAGAUCAACAUAAUGUAAAUGAUGCGUUUGCUUACGAUUGCCUGGGGUGUGUGAGAAACAAAACUUCUAAAAACAAACUUGCCAAUGCUAGAGUAUAGCCAGCAUUUUGCGAAUUUGCCGCAACAAUUACUGUUGUUGGUUACACAUGAAAAUAUGGACAAUGCUUGGCUUCUGGUUCUACUCUGCCUUAAUGGAGGCACCCCUUGGGGGAUGUCGUUGGUGGAGGAAAAACAAGGAUGAUUGGAGGGUAAUUAUUCUGGCUCUCGCUCUGGCAUGGAAGGCGGGAGGCAGGGAGGCGCUGAGUGCAAAAGCACUUCUGCCAAAAACUCUCCAGUGUUGCCAUUAAAAAGCAGAGGUUCUCCUGCUAAUUAGAGUUUAAUUUUAACUAAAGUACAGGUACAUGCUAGAAGAGAUGAGAUCACCAACUGCGGAACAAACCAACUGCAAGGAGUUUAAGGUUUUAACUUGAAAGAAGGACUUCGUUCACUGGGUGGGGGGAGCCUACAGUUUCCUUAUUUACUGUAAAGUUUUCUUCUUUACAUUUAUGAUUUGGCAACCCUCCUCUGAACGUUAGUUCAAAUUAUAUUUGUACAGGCGAGGAUGGAAGAAAUUGGAUUAUAAAUAUGGAAUAUAACAUCAAACGGAACUGUGUGUGUAAAAACAUGAAAAAGGGGGGGAAGCUUUAUUUUGCAAAAGGUUUACGGUGGAAACUUAAAGCUGACUCUUCCCUAUCUUUUCUUAUUUACAAAGUGAACUGAAUAACACUAAGAGGACUUGGAAUUUAAUUUAAUUGGAAGUACAAUUGCUCAUAUAUCUUCAUUUGGAAGGAAGGAUGAAAGGAGUCUGUGAACUGCCAAGGAAUUGACUGCUCUUCCCAGGCUGAGAGGAAAAAUUAUAACAACAGUUUAUUUAUUGGGACAGAGUGAGUUUUGCAGCUGUUGUUAAAGUUGCAAAACAAUGAAGCAUGGGACAGAGUGAGGUAGAAAUUUCUGGAAAAACAAUGGGAUGUCAGCUCCGUCCAAGGCAUGAUGGAUAACAGCAACAACUGGGAAAAGAUAGACAUAACAUUUUACAAGGAGAGGAAGAAACACUACGGACAGAAUAAUUCCCACAUACAGGAAGAACAAGGAUAUAGUUUGAGUUCCUCACUUGUAGUUUUAUAAAUCAUUUAAUGUGUCAGCAUGAAUAGAACUUUAUUUUAAGUACAGUGGUACCUCAGGUUAAGUACUUAAUCUGUUCUGGAGGUCCGUUCUUAACCUGAAGCACCACUUUAGCUAAUGGGGCCUCCCGCUGCCGCCGCGCCCCUCCAUGCAAUUUCUAUUCUCAUCCUGAAGCAAAAUUCUUCACCUGAGGUACUAUUUCUGGAUUAGUGGAGUCUGUAACCUGAAGUGUAUGUAACCUGAAGCGUAUGUAACCCGAGGUACCACUGUAUAGGGUUUUUUGUGUUUAUAUGUAAACUGAGAGAUCAGCGAUGGAUGCCUCCUAUGUUGAGGAGCUCGAAGGAAUCCUGAAAGAAGCUAGUUCUAUAGAAUAUAACAUAAAGGUGAAAAGGGAGAAUCUAACACAGAUUUGCUGCAAUUGCAGACGCUCUAUGAGGUGAACAUGGAUUAUCUGGCAAAUGACCUGAAUUUUAACACACAGGCUGUAUAUUUAGGGUUCUAUCUCUGCUGUACGCUAUUGUAGAACAAAACACCCUCUUAUCUGUUGUAAUACUUGCAUAUAUUUGUAUUUAUCAUUCAAGAAAUAUCCCAACACUUUUCAAAGCAAUGUAACUUUAGCAGUAUUAAUGAAAUAGAAUAUAGGAUUUUGUUUUUAAUAUGAUUCUGUGGGAUUAGAGUCUGUUACAAGGCCCAUGCCCAUAACCUUUUCUUUCUAAAACAAGUUUGGGUGUGGAUUGGGCUCCCUUUCUGGUAGUAAUAACUUGAUGUAUCAGAAAGACGGAAUGCAGAGAAUUCGAAAUGCUUGAACUAAAACAGACUUUGCAAUGAAGAACAGGGAUAAACAAGUUAGGAACAUUUUAUGGUUUGGCAGAAAGUGGCUAAAUGUGACUGAUACUUUAUUUUUGUGGGCAUACUGUAAUCUGUUGAAAGCGAGUGCAGUGUGCCCAUUCGACAUGCCAGCGGAUUGUGGCCCCAGAACACUCUCUUCUUGCAGAGAGCCAGCACAGAUAAGGUUUCAAUCAAAGGCUAGCUUGCUACAAACACAAGGGCAUUUAUCUGUUAAGUCAUCUGCCUCUGAUUCACUCUCAUGAGUUUGCUGAUCACACGACCAGCUGCAGGUGAAGGACAAGCCCACCUACCCACCUACCGAAAUUAACCCUGUCUUGUCCCUUUCCUCUUCAUGCAUAAACUGCAUGCAUAAUGCUUACACUAAUCUCAUUAUUGUGUUAAACAGAAGAGAGUCAAACACAUGUUUAAUUGUCACAUAAAAACUUUAGUAUUUAACAGUGCUUAACUUUGGUUGGAUUGUGCACUCAGUGUAUUUUGGUAAAACCAUAUUUCAGACUAAACACCUGUUUUAACUACGGUAAAUAGAUUUUACAGAUUCAUCUUUCUUGCUGCAUAUUUUAUUAUUUUGGAAUGUUGGGGGACUCAGUCAAUUAAAAUAAAAGAGAAAGGAAGAUAGGACAUUCCAAAAAUUAUUUUAUUUUGCUUGUGCAAAUUUGCCACACCUAUCUGUCCCUAAAUAAAAUCAUGCUUUUGUUACUAACCUUCAGAAAUCAAGGACAUUAUUUUACAGAUUGUGUAAUGAUAAGUUAUUAAGCAACUGAUACAAGAUUCUAUCCGUCAACAAUGGUUGGUAUAUCCUAGACCUAGACUAAAUGUAAUACCUGUUUUUCAUUGUACUGAGAAUUAUACUUCCACUUUUCUUUCCAUAAUCUGCUUUCAUGUUGGAUUAGAGACUCAGGGUGAGGUUUAAACUAAAAAUUAAUUGGGUUUAAAGCUGCCAUGUCUGAUCAACAGAGCUUAGCUGGGAAUUACUUCUCCCUCUAAUCUUUUCCAAUCUUAAAAAGUAGAGACAUCACCUUGCCAACAAAGGUUUGUAUAGUUAAAGCUAUGGUUUUCCCAGUAUGGAAGUGAAAGCUGGACCAUAAAGAAGGCUGAUCGCCGAAGAAUUGAUGCUUUUGAAUUAUGGUGCUGGAGGAGACUCUUGAGAGUCCCAUGGACUGCAAGAAGAUCAAACCUCUCCAUUCUGAAGGAAAUCAGCCCUGAGUGCUCACUGGAAGGACAGAUCGUGAAGCUGAGGCUCCAAUACUUUGGCCACCUCAUGAGAAGAGAAGACUCCCUGGAAAAGACCCUGAUGUUGGGAAAGAUGGAGGGCACAAGGAGAAGGGGACGACAGAGGAUGAGAUGGUUGAAUAGUGUUCUCGAAGCUACCAGCAUGAGUUUGACCAAACUGCGGGAGGCAGUGGAAGACAGAAGUGCCUGGCGUGCUCUGGUCCAGGGGGUCACAAAGAGUGGGACACGACUAAACAACAACAACUAAUCUUUUCCAUCCUUUUGUUCAACAUGCAACAUUCCUAAUAUUUUAGACUAUUAACAGGGUCAACUUGACUCAAAGACCUCAGAACCCAAUGUCUUGAAAUGACCUCUGAUGACAUCUAUAGAUUCUACUGGCUAGGAGUAGCUGUGACUACUCUGACCAUUACUAAAAAUUAUAUGGAUCAAAUCCAUAAUUGAUAAAAUACAGAAUAGUAGAGAACACAAGGCUCUUUCAUACUUUUGCCAGUUAUUUAAUGUUUCGUUCUCCUGACACAUGUGACCGAUAAAAUUGUAAAUAUGUUUAUUAAGAUAGACUGUUUACCAAUAUUCCUUCAUGUUGGCUUAUGACAAAACUAGGGAAUAUUUCACCCUUAAGCUGGAUGUGGCUGUGGUAGGUUUCCAAAUGGCUCUCAGCCUCCCCUCACCAACUGUAUUCCUCUUCAGACCUGCCCUUCACAAUGAGCUGCUGAUGGAGGAAGAAAUUGCUCUUGUCUAAUCAGAUUUUCCUGCUGGAUGUACUCUGAUGUGAGUACUUCAGUACCACUCAUCUCUUUACACAGCCUUCACAUAAAUGCAGAGGUGUGUGGCACUGAAAACUUUAGCACAUGCAGAAGGAUCACGGAGGGAGACAUGCGGGUAUAGGUGAUAAUAAUAUUCUUCACAAUCCAGACCGGCUCCAGUUUUCUUUGAGUCUGCUUUCUGUUGGUUGGAAAGGGACAGCAACCAAGUGUUAUGAGUAUUUUAAAAAUAGGAGGCAGUUGCAUUAGAAAGAAAAAUUCCCCAAGAGGCUCCUGAAGGACAGCCCUGAAAUCUGGGAUGACUCUCCUCUCUCACAGGGUCAUGUGACCAAAGAGGUCCUUGCUGAGGGAGGAGCUAUCCUGCGAUCCCCAGUUUGGCCCUGAAGCUCUCAACGUGUCAGCAUGUGUUUUCUUAUUUUUAUCCUUUCUGGAUACACACUCUCUCUCUCCCCCCCCCCCUCUCUCCCUGCCCCCCAAAUUCAGCCUUCCUGCAAGGACAAUACAAAAUUAAUUAAUUAAUUAAAAAACAAAACAAGCCAAAGUGAUACUAAUCAUUCCACGCUGGGCAAGAAGACCAUGGUUCCUAGAGCUCCUACUCAUUAUUGAACUUCCCAUCAUAGCGACUCCCAGCCAGGAGGGAUCUGCUCAAACAGGGACCAAUCCUUCACCCAGACCUAGGAAUGUUCUGACUAACUGGCUAGAGACUGAGUGCAUCUGGCUCUUGGACCUGGCAACAUCCGGGAAGGUUCUAGAGUAUUGGAGAGUAUUGGAGAUUCCCCAGCUGGAACCCAGGUUUUAGACAGCCCUAAUGAGUGCUCCCCUCAAACCUAUGGCAACAAAAGACUUCCAUCUGAAGGCAGUUUUUUCUGGUGGCUGUCACCUCAGCUCAACGGGUGCCAGAGAUCGGAGCACUGUCUUCCGACCCAUAUCUUUGUACCUUCCAUCAAGACAAGGUGGAUCUUUCAUUCAUCCCCAAGGUGAAUUUCCUUUUCUGCAGGUCUCAGGAAAUAACAUUACCCUACUUCUGCCCUAAGCCAGAUAAGGAGAAGGCCUGGCACUCUUUGGGCAUGCAUAGAGCACUGAGGUUCUACUUAGACAGAACAAAGGCCUUCACAAAGUCUGUAGCAGUUCUUCCAAAGCAGGUUCUCCAGCAGGUUUAACAGCACACCUUUAAAGGGGACUUUCCCCUGGUGGAUGCUUGUUGGGCAACCAUCUGGGCCUCCUUGCACACAUUCGCCAUACACUACAAGCUAGACAAAUGGGCUUCAGCCAACACAGCCUUCGGCAGGAAGGUACUAUGAAAGGUGGUACAGCCAUGAUGCCUCGCUAAGCCCACCCAAUAGGAAUAGCUCUGGUGCAUCCCAUGUGUAAGAAGGGCUGUCCUUCAGGAGCCUCUGGGAAACAGAAAAAAAUUAUUACAGUGAAUUUCUAUUCCCCGAGACUCCAGGGACAGCAGCUACCACAAUAAGAGAGUCAUGCAUGGCUGUAUGGGGAUGGGACUUCACUGGAUGAAGUAAAGUCACAAGAUAGUACCUAAUAAGUUUUGUUCCUGAGGUUUUUUUGCCUAGCAGUACACCUGGAAGCUAAACUGAUACGACACACCAAUUGGAGCAGGAAAUGAACUUCACCAGCUGCAACGUGCUGCCUAAAGGGGAGCGGUUAUUUCCUGCUCAACCAUCCUAACUGGAGCAUGUGGGAUUAUUUCUUCCCAGCAAGGACCUGUUUUGUUAUGUGACCCUAGCUACCAGUGAAAGGGAAGAUUCAUCCCAGAUGUAAGGGAGUCUCUGGGAACAGAAAUUCACAGUAAGAAUUUCCUUUCAUUCACUUCCUUACUAAGCUGGGUCAAAUCACUUUGCCCUCUUGUUUUGAAACAAUUAACUGGUAGCACAUUUCAUUAGAUUCUCUGAGCAUAUUUGUAAACGGUCCUAAACGUGUUAGACAGCAAAGCUCGUGUAUGUGAAAAGGCAGUGUUAACUGGGAAAGUGCAUACUAUUCCAUCAAUUUCUUUUCAAAGCUGCAGAGAUGGAACGCUGCAGAAUGACGGUGCAAAAAGCUGGUAUCGCUGUUUCUGUCUGUUCUGUUCAGCUUCAUCCCUAAAUGCUUGUUCAGUCAGAAAAGGCUGAGACAGAGCCAGGCUUUUAUUCUGAAAUGAUGUGUUCAGCCAGCCUAGUUGUACACUCCCAUCAUUAACAGAUGCACUGUACCAUCUUUCGCAUAGACGGUUUAUGCAGGUUCCUCAGUAUAUGCUUCAGAAUCACGAAAGAUGCUUUCCCACAUGUUCUCUUUCAUCAGCCUCCUGUCUAGGAAUGUGGCUGAUUUUCUUUGGUCUUUGCUCCAGUACAUCCCAGGUAAGAUUUCCAUUUCUUCCCAGCUUUCUGCUAGGGGCUGUUUUUCAGCAUCUGAGAUUGGACGGACUGUAUUCAGAGGCCUGUUUGGGAUUGUGCCUGUAACCCACAAGAUUAGAGUCUAGUUAUUAUUCAGAAGCGCACGUACUGAUUAUUUCAGAUUGUGCAGUUUGGGGGCUGGGAGGUCAUCGGCGGCCAACAACAAUCUCUGCAAUUAGGUUGCAGUCUGAAAUUUGAAUGGCUUUUUAUUUUAUUUUUAAGAAGGAAGUCGCUUGUUUAAAACAUGUAACACCAAAGCUUUCACCUAGUCUCCACAAUACAGAACUCAGAGAAUAUCAAAACAGUCAGCUAGGGAGUGAUGAACUAAAAUAAUAUGUAAUGUGUUUCUCAUUGGAAUCGGGAUUGGAACUCUCAAAGCCUAGUUAAGUUGCAUUGCUAUCCUUAAGCCAUGGUGUUGCCUGCUGUCAAAUUUUCAUAAGGAUGGAGCAGGAAAGCAAUAAUGGACUUAUCCUUGUAUAGCAAAUUCAGUUCAUUUGCUGUGCAAGCUUUGGUAUUGUUAGGUAGAACCUGCUAGUUUCAUUGUUGCAAGCUUUGUAAGGAUAAAUGCCUUGAGCGAUAGUGUAAUAUGUUUUUUAGUUUUCUUCUGUAUUGUAUUGCUUCACAGCACGUAUGCUAUUUUGACAGCAAUGUAAUAUGUUUUAAGAGCAAGAGUUGUGCAAUAUUACAUAGAUGGGAGAAAAACAACAUUUAAUCACAGCAGUAAUCUAAAAAGCAAUUCUUAUCAAAGUUAUUAUUCUUUAUUUUUUACCCUUUUGCUGCAAAUGCAAACCUAUUUACUUCAACUUUUUGGAUCACCAAAGCAAAAUAGAAACAAAUUGUGGGAAAGCAGUAACUUUCAUAGCUGACAAAUCUCAGCUACAUUAAAAACAGAGAAUAGAGUUUAACCAGUAAAACCACAGACUCAAGAUUGUAACUGAAACAAAUCACUGAGUGGCGUUAUUAAACGAUAUGAAAUAUUACAAAAUUUAUAGUAAAUAAAACAAGAUAAAACAAGUUACAAAAUAUAACAUAUUUGAAACUUAAACAACUUACAUAAGACAAAACUUAAAGCAGCUUUAUACAAUUUGCACGUACUCAUUAAUGGUAUGAAGUCAUAAAUAACACAAUCUUCUUCCCCUUCCCUCCAGUCAGUCUAGUUCUGAAACAGUUCUAAGUUCCCUAGCAUACUAAAAUAAAUGAAUAAAAGUCAAUGUUUUCAACCCAAGGCAGUGGGCCAGGGGCCAAAUACACAAAACAAGUUGAGUAGCAGGCAGUAAGCAAGAAGAAUAAAUAAAUCUUAUACAACUCUUCCCAUCUCCACCCGCCAAAAUAAAGAACUAACAAUACGUGCACACACAAUGCUACCUUUUAUAUCAGUCAGCAAUGGAACCAGGAGACUGGACUUCUUUUGUCAAUUUUACAUUAAUUUCAUUACUCUUAUUGGUGGACCCACAUAAGAUGUAGCUAUGAAUUACCAUUAUUUGCCAGGAAGAGAGGAAGAAAGUACCGUAUUUUUUGCUCUAUAAGACUCACUUUUUUCCUCCUAAAAAGUAAGGGGAAAUGUGUGUGCGUCUUAUGGAGUGAAUGCAGGCUGCGCAGCUAUCCCAGAAGCCAGAACAGCAAGAGGGAUUGCUGCUUUCACUGUGCAGCGAUCCCUCUUGCUGUUCUGGCUUCUGAGAUUCAGAAUAUUUUUUUUCUUGUUUUCCUCCUCCAAAAACUAGGUGCGUCUUUUGGUCUGGUGCGUCUUAUAGAGCGAAAAAUACGGUAAUUAACUGGAACUCUUGGGUUAUCACACUCCAGCAGUGGCCUGCCAAAAUGUAUAAUACUUUCAUUUAUGUUGUGGCUUCGUGGCUGUUUUGCUGCUACAUUUAUCAUUAUGCCAGAGUCUUAAACUGCAGCACGUACAGCAUCAAAACUUGCACAAAGGACUUUGCAGCCUGGAAAAAAAGACAAGACACGUACUUUUGUAAACCAAGAAAAUAUUUUAUAAAAAUUAUUUUUUAAAAAAAUACAAACUGCCUAUGCAAAAAUGACACAGACAUGAAACAGCAUCUUCCAUCUUGAUCCAUCAUGGCUGUUUUCCUGUGUGAAUUGAACGUGCCAUAAUUGCUGGGUAUUUUCAGACAUUGCCUGAACUUUUCUCCUCUGAAAUGCCUUUCGCACAAACGGUAGUCAUAAAAACAUUAUCAAUUUUUAUAUCAUUCUCACCUAAUGAAUAAUCUAAAAUUAAUAUCUAGUUUUCUUAAUAUGAGGACUACCACAUCUAUUUUGCUACUGCUUUCCCUUAUAAAGGUGUGUUCCACAAUUCUGAUGAAUUCCAAAGACAAAACUAAAUAAUUUUUGGCUUUUACAUUUUCAAAGACGGUUGUUUGCUUCUUUGCCAUACCAUGCAUUUAGUGCAGCCUGAGAUCAUUUGCAUUGGACACAAAACCAAUGAGUUUGCAAAGUGCUUCCUGAAUCUCAAAGUUGCAGGCAAUUGCCUGUCUAAGGCAAACCAUAAAUGGAGCCAACUCCGUGCACUGGCAUGAGAGUGAGAGAGAAUUCUUUAGUUGCCAGACUCAUGUACUUUGUUUUUAGUGGCACUGAACUGUAAUUUACCUUAGAAAUACUUGGCAUUUCUAGCGUUAUCAUCUUCUGAUUUGCCUCUUAACACACAGUUCUCAAGGAAUGGAGCAGGAAAAGUAUGAAAAGUUUGGGUUGGUUUUUUUUAAAUACACAACUGGAGACCCAAGGUUGGGAAAUCCUGAUUUAGAGAAUUGCAGGCUUACAGUGAGAGCUUGUACAUGUCUAUUCAGAAGCAAAUCCCAUUGGCGUCAAUAAGGCUUACUCCCAGGCAAAUGAGUAGAGGACUGCUGCCUUCCUUUCUUCCUUAGCCAAUGGAUAGGAACAGAAUGUUCCUUGCAGUUGGCUUUUGCUGGCAGAGAAGGUGCAGGUGAAGCCAAACCAUGUCAGUAAUUGAUGGUGAUAGAGUAGAUGAUCAGAAGCAAUGUUUCAAAAGGGAGAAAAGUCAACAGCUUGACUUAAGCAGGGAGGAUUUUGUCGGUCACUGACCUGGCAACCUGCCAAGUACAUCACUGUGACCUGGCAACCGGUCAAGGGUGUGGUCAUUCUUGGGUGAGGGAGGAGCCAGGGCGAUAGUUGUGGUGUGGCUCUUUUCGUUGUGGCUCAACACAGCACCUCAGGAGACACUGUACUGCCUGCCUGGCUCCAGAUGCCAACCAUAAAAAGCAUCCCCAUUUAAAACAGAAGCAAAUAACUCAAUUUGUCUCAGCCGUGGUGAGACAGUCAGUUCCUGAAACCAGAGUUGCUGACUGAGUCUGGCUGUUGGACUCUGCCUGUACUGAGCAUGUGGUGAACCCCAGGGAAUUAUUUGUUUCUUGAAGCGCUGUUAGUAAGGACCAUGUCACCCUUGCUGAUGGUUCAUGUGUUUCAAUCCAAGGGUGAGGGUCGGCGUAUGUGCCUUGUCUGGGGGCACAUUUGGAAAAUGUUUUGCUAGUGGAAAAUCUCCAGUAUUGUUUGCUGAGUGUAGCAUGCUUGGCAAAAGAUAAUUACAAUGUAAUCUUUACUGGCAGAACUUGCCGGAGAAUGGGGCUUGCACACUUUAGAAGUUUAGCAAAAAUGCCACAGCUGUGCACUGAUUUAAAGUUAAAAGCCUCCCAAGUAAAUACUUGGGAGUGUGAAACCUGCAAACUUUCUAAGUGAGCAAAAAGAGUAACAGAGUGUCAUAAAGACCAUUUGCUCAAGUGCAAACUGACCUAACUUAUUAGUUUUCAGUGACAAUCCAACAAUAGCCUCAAUAUAACAAUACCAAUUUGUAAUACAAUUACUAAUACCAAUUGUUCAAAUACCGAAUUAUAUAAUUCAGAUAAGGUGCCUCCCCUCGUGUGCUAGAACUGAAGGUUUGAUUAUUUUCUUUAUUUCUGCGCUCCAAAACUUUAUUGAUUUCCAUUACAUUCCGGACAUCAUAAUAAUCCCUUAUACAACAACUGCAAUAUUAAUAACUUCUAUUCAUGUUGACACAUUAAAUGAUUUAUAAAACUGCAAGUGAGGCACUCAAACUAUAAAAAUAAAUUAAAAACAAACAAAAAAACUAUAUCCUUGUUCUUCCUAUGUGUGGCAAUUAUUCUGUCCGUGGUGUUUCUUCUUGUCCUUGUAAAAUGUUAUGCCUAUCUUUUUCUGGUUGUUGCUAUUAUCCAUCAUGCCUUGGACGGAGCUGACAUCCCAUUGUUGUUCCAGAAAUUUCUACCUCACUCUGUCCCGUGCUUCAUUGUUUUGCAACUUUAACAACAGUUGCAAAAGUCACUCUGUCCCAAUAAAUAAACUGUUGUCAUCAUUUUUCCUCUCAGCCUGGGAAGAAGAGCAGUCAAUUCCUUGGCAGUUCACAGACGCCUUUCAUCCUUCCUUCCAACUGAAGAUAUAUGAGCAAUUAUACUUCCAAUUAAAUUAAAUUCCAAGUCCUCUUAGUGUUAUUCAGUUCACUUUGUAAAUAAGAAAAUAUAGGGAAGAGUCAGCUUUAAGUUUCCAUCGUAAACCUUUUGCAAAAUAAAGCCUCCCUCCCUUUUCCCUUUUUUACACAAACAGUUCCGUUUAAUGUUAUAUUCCAUAUCUAUAAUCCAAUUUCUUCCCUCCUCGCUUGUACAAAUAUAAUUUGAACUAACAUUCAAAGGAGGGUUGCCGAAUCAUAAAUGUAGAGAAGAAAACUUUAUAUAAAGAAACCAUAGGCUCCCCCCCACCAUCUUUUGCAGUGAAUAAAGUCUUCUCUCAAGUUCAAACCUUAACAACCUUGCAGCUGGUUCUGUUCUGCAGUUUGUGAUCUCAUCUCUUCUAGCAUGCACAUGUACUUUAGUCUGAAUGAAACUCUAAUUCACAGGAGAACCUCUGCUUCUUAAUGGAGGCAUUGGGUUUUCAGCAGAAGUGCUUUUGUACUCAGCGCCUCCCUGCCUCCUGCAUUCCAUGCCGGAGUGAGAGCCAGGAUAAUUAUCCUCAAUCAUCCUUGUUUAUCCUCCACCGAUGAUCUCCUGCUGUCAUGAGAGCUGCCUCCAUUAAGGCAAACUGGAACCGGAAGCCAUGCACCUCAAACUUUUGAGGAAGUUCUGCAGCUGCCUUCACAACAGCAGGAUCUUGGGUUUGCUGUAAUGGAACAACAAAUGCAAUCCCUGACUGAUCACAAGGUUUUCUCACUUGUUGAUAUGCCAGAACAGGAGAAAUCUGUGGGGUGCCGUUGGGUCUAUAAAAGUUAAACCAUAGCAUCUGGUAAAGUGAAGUUUAAAGAAAGGUUUGUUGUGAAAGGAUUCAUGCAGAGAAGGGGUUUAAAUUAUGAUGAGACUUUCGUUCUGACAGCCAGAAGUGAAAGUAUGAGAAUUCUUUUAACCCUCACAGCAAUACAUGAUCUUGAAGUUAGUCACUUUGACAUUGCGAUAGCAUAUUUAAAUGCAGGGUUAAAAGAGGUGGUUUAUAUGCAACAAGCUCCGGGAUUUGAGCAGAAUCCUAAAGCUGUAUACAGACUUUACAUGGUGAUCUAUGGACUUUGCCAAUCAGCCAGAAAUUGGAAAAUGUGCUUGCAUGAAGCGCUAAGUGUUCUAGGAUUUCAAAAGAGCUGGGCUGAUUCCUGUCUAUAUUGUAAGGGGACAGGAGAUGAUUGUAUGUUUUUUCUAGUGUUUGUUGAUGAGUUAACGUGUGUUGGGAAAACAAACAAUUAAAUUCCGGAGUUUGCCCAGCAAGUUGGGGCAAGAGUUCCAGCUCAAAGAUUUAGGAGCUAUAAAGAGGUACCUGGGAGUUGAAGUACAGAGAAUAAGUGAUGGGAGUUUUUCUACUAAGCCAGAAAAAGAAAUUUACACAACUGUUAGAAUGUUUUGGUAUGCAGAAUUGUAAAGGUAAAGGUAAAGGGACCCCUGACCAUUAGGUCCAGUUGUGACCGACUCUGGGGUUGCGGCGCUCAUCUCGCUUUACUGGCCGAGGGAGCCGGCGUACAGCUUCCGGGUCAUGUGGCCAGCAUGACUAAGCCACUUCUGGUGAAACCAGAGCAGAGCACGGAAACGCCGUUUACCUUCCCGCCGGAGCGGUACCUAUUUAUCUACUUGCACUUUGACGUGCUUUCGAACUGCUAGGUUGGCAGGAGCAGGGACCAAGCAGGGACCAAGCAAUGGGAGCUCACCCCGUCGCGGGGAUUCGAACCGCCGACCUUCUGAUCGGCAAGUCCUAGGCUCUGUGGUUUAACCCACAGCACCACCCAUAUGCAGAAUUGUAAAAGCGUUCAAACUCCUGUGGUGACAGACUUUUAAAAAGCAGAGUAAUGUGGUGUUUGAAAACCAGGAGCUAUACCACUCUGACAUUGGCAGUUUGUUGUACAUUUCACAGUGGUCCAGACCAGAUGUUAACAAUGCUGAGGGUGUUCUUAGCAGGAUAGUUUCAAAGCUAACCACAGCAGCUUGGCAAGCAGUUAAAAGAGUGUUUCGCUAUUUAAAAGCAACAUAGGACUACUGUUUAAAACUGUCAUCCUCUUUGGAAAUGAUGUACAGUGGUACCUCAGGUUACAUACGCUUCAGGUUACAGACUCCGCUAACCCAGAAAUAGUGCUUCAGGUUAAGAACUUUGCUUCAGGAUGGGAACAGAAAUCGGGCUCCGGCGGCGCAGCAGCAGUGGGAGGCCCCAUUAGCUAAAGUGGUGCUUCAGGUUAAGAACAGUUUCAGGUUAAGAACAGAUCCCCAGAAUGAAUUAAGUUCUUAACUGUACAGACAAGAAGGUCCACUGCUGGGAUAGUAGUAUGUCAGAGGGGGUUUGUCACUGGUGGCAGAUGACAGAGACUGUGACACCACGAGACCGGUGUAAAACCAAAUCAAAUAAAGGUUUUAUUACAAAACAACAAACAACAAAGCUUGUGGGUGUUUUUCCUGCAGGCAGAGUUCAAACUGCAGCUUUUCUCCUUUUGUAGUCUUGGCCAGCUGUAACCAAUUAGCCCAGAGCUUACAGAAACUGUUCUUAAAGGUACAAACAUCUUUACUGCUUCUGUGCAGAAUGACUCCCAACAAUUUGGACGGUCUCUAGUGGGUUGGAAAUCCCGGAAACGGGUUGGUAUCUGUGUCUGCACCUGAAGCGGAAUAGGCUGCUCUGUCUGAAUUGAACAAUCAGCUUCCCUAUUUCGUGCAGAUUCUUACGGACAUGAAUGUAGAAUCCAAGCUACCUGUGAUAGUUUAUGAGGACCAUCAGGCCUGCAUAUCCAUGGCAGAGCCUGAACAAUUCAAGCUUAGGACGGGGGCCGCUAGGGGGCGCAUCGGAAGAUGGCCGACAAUACCAUCUCUCCGGCUCACACGAGGUAAUUAAGAGGCUGUUAUGGGAGUAUGCAGCCUCCCUCGUUACCCCAAGUGGAUGGGGAACGCUGCCUUGCCUGCUGUGCCCAUAAUACACCCACAGAUUCGAAAGGGGGUGAGGGCACUAGGCACAAAAGCCCUCGUGUGGGUCGGCUCUCCUGGACGCUGUCUCUGAUCUGCGCAGCUAGUUGCGGGAGCUCUAUAUAAAGAAUCAGGACAGAAGCAAAUGCACAUACUUCGAGUGAAGAUCGGGAGUAAAGACUGCUAACUAAAGGGAUCUCUGAGAGGUGGAGCGAUGGGCUGGACUUAACAAUAAAUCAAGAAGAAGAAUAAAUCAAGAAGAAGACUCACCAAAGGAUCGGUAUGUCGGAGCGAGACUGAAAAGGAGGGGGGGAGAAAAACUUUUUUGGGGGGGGUCUUAUGUGAGUACCCAAUAAUCCCCCCCCCAAAAGAAUCGUUGCAAUUACUGAUUACAAGCAGGAGGAAUAAGAACUGUGUGGAAAUUAACUACUACGCAAGGAUGUGACUUAUGGGAGCAUCGGGAAACGAAAGUAAGUCCUUUGUGACGCAGUCAUAAAAAGAGAUUUAUCAUGGCAGGCCCGCCUGAGGCCCGCCGGGAAUCCAGGGGGAGGAGGACUAUGGCUGUUACUAUGUUGGAGUGUGGGUUCAGCUUAGCAGGGCCGCCUGAGAAAAAUUUAUGAGGGAGCAGCGGACCUGGGAAGAUCAGGACAGACAGUCGGAAUGUUUUGAACGGAGGUGUUGAAAUGGCAUCUGUCUACUUUUAUGGCUCUUGGAUGAGUGUAAAAUCCACACAGGACAUAACACGUUUGUUUUCAACCCGCUUGUGGAGAUUAUCAGAGAUCAUAAAGAAAGGAAUAUAUGAUAACAACAAGAAGAUGAGGAAAACAACAAAGAGAAGAUUGAACAGAACUGUGAAUAUUAUUUUGACAGAACUGUGUAAUGAAAGCAGCAACAAGAGAGAUGAUCGGAUUCCCUUUUGGAGCUCCAAGCAUGGGUACCCCCAACAAAAUUUUUAAAAAUUUGGCUGUGUAAUUUGGAAUUAUUGUGAUUUGGAAUUAAUCUGAUGUGAUUGGCCUGUUAAUAAAAAAUAUUUUUUAAAAAACCAAGCUUAGGACAAAACACAUGGACAUAAAAUAUAGACAUGCCAGGGACAAUGUGGAACAUGGAUUAAUGAAACUUGUAUAUUGUGAGUCGAGCCAGAACAUUGCUGAUAUAUUGGCAUAAUAACAUGCUCUGAUACAUAUUUUUUCCUAAACAGAAUUAAGAAGGGGUGUUGAGGUUCCUUUAAUUGCUGUUAAGGAAAAGCUGGUGCACGGGCCUCCCUUAUCUUGCACCUUCAGGUCAUGCGAUUAGUGUUUGAUGGUCACUGACCUGGCAACCAGCCAAGGGUGUGAUCAUUCUUGGGUGUAUUAAGAGGGGGCUGUACAUUACUUCUUUGCUUCGCUGCAAGGAAACUCUGCCAGAUUGACACUGAACUCUGUGCUGUAUGUGUGCUGUGAAUUGGACUUGCUUUGCAUUUGAAGCCUGCACCUUCUACUAGGGAUCUAUCAGAAGCCUGUAUAUAGUGAAACUGCCUUUAAAAACAAAACAAAAACAACUUUCAUAUGUUGCGAGUUUGAAUAAGUCUUCAAUCCAAUCAUAGAAGGGAGCCGCAUUUUUAUUUUUCCAAUUCAUCAGUAUCAGUCUUUUUGCUGUUUGGUAAGGGCAUGUUUGUAAGGUUCCAUGUGGUGAGUAUAUAAUUCAAAAGGAUAUUUUGUUCUGUAAAUCUAAGGUUGUUCCGUAUAGUUCUGUUGAUAGUUUCAGUUACCUCCUGCCAAAACUCUUUCAAUAUAGGAUAAUGAAAAAACAUAUGUUUUAGAGAAGCAUUAUCCCUAUGGUAUCUCCAACAGUUAGAUACCUUAAAGGUAAAGGGACCCCUGACCAUUAGGUCCAGUCGUGGCUGACUCUGGGGUUGCGGUGCUCAUCUCGCUUUAUUGGCCGAGGGAGCCAGCGUACAGCUUCCGGGUCAUGUGGCCAGCAUGACUAAGCUGCUUCUGGCGAACCAGAGCAGUGCACGGAAAUGCCGUUUACCUUCCCGCCGGAGCGGUACCUAUUUAUCUACUUGCACUUUGACGUGCUUUUGAACUGCUAGGUUGGCAGGAGCAGGGACCAAGCAACGGGAGCUAAACCUAUCGCGGGGAUUCGAACCGCCGACCUUCUGAUUGGCAAGCCCUAGGCUCUGCGGUUUCACCCACAGCGCCACCCGCGUCCCUUAGAUACUUUAGAUAGCCCUUUUAAAAAAACAAACGUAAUGGGGUCCAGUAUACUCUAAUUUUUUGUUGAUGUUGUAAUAGCCUCAAUUUAAGGUCCAGAGACACCCUUGUUGUAGCAGUUAAAACAGUUUCCCACUGUGUGGUUGAAACUGAGAUCUCUAAUUCUUUAUUCCAAUGUUCCCUCAAUACCUGUAUAACAAUUUGGUUUGCUAAUAACAAAGAUGUAUAUCUUUGGGAAACUGCCUUAAUGCUUUGGACCUGUCAGUAAAGGACUGUACUGAUUUAGGAGUUGGAGUCCGAAUGAAUUUCUUCCAGCACAAAACUGCACUGCCAUGAACCUACACGCUUGGGGAGCUGCACAUGUUUGGCACAUGCCAUGUGCCAACAGUGUGUGAGAGUGUUUGCCAAAACUUGCCUGUGUUACAAGGGUAAAAUAUACCUAUCUCCACCCAUCUCGGGCAUGUGACCUUCAUAAAGCUGCCCAGAAGGUAUCCCUUUCUUGAAAGGAAUAUAUUGGAAGCUACGCGUUCUACCUCAUUACAUAAUUAUUACACAUAGCAUCAGAUUUUCUGCUUUGAAUGUAUUUUACCAGAGCUUAACCACCAAAGGGAUAAUUGCUUUAACCCUGCAGGUGGAUUUCCCCUUACAAGCUUCUUGAACCUUAAAGAUAUAAGAAGGGGUUUUAGAAUGCUGAUCCCUGCUGAAGGCUCAAUUAGACCGCAUGUGAAAAUAUGAUUAUUCUUAAGUAUUACACUUAAGACAAGCAUGUCAAUCGGUACAUGGUGGUUGAUAGCUGCUAUAAAGCAUAUCCCUUAUUUAAUUUGCCUAGGCUGGUGUGUAGCUGUGUGUUCUGUGAGUUUUAUUUCCCCCCCUGGAAGGUCCUCCCUCUGCUUUUUAGGAAGGUUUUUAUUGGGCAAAUUUGUUGGUUUUGCUAAAUGUAAGAAAAUCUCUAAGUGGUUUACACAAACUACUGUUGUAAACACAAGCAAAAAAUAAAUAAAUGCCUAUUAUCAACAUGCAAUAAAAAAUCAAAUAGAAUAUUAAUCAAAACCUUAGAACAGAAAUAUGGGGGAGCUGUGGUCAGAAAAUUGAGAGCCUGGGAAACCUAACAUCCCAGUAAUGUCUCUGAGGGUAUGAGUUUAUUUUCCCCAUGGAAGUUCAUUGCUGGGGGUGUGUGUGUGAAUAGUGCUAGAUUUGGGCACUCCCUUUGGUGAGGAAGAAGCCUGCCCCCAUGUCUUUGACACUAGUGGUGGUCUCCAUUGAGACUGUGUGCCACUCCUGCCAGGACUCAUUGUUUAGUUUCUGGGGAAAUGCAUGGCUUUACCCAAGUAUUACAGUACAUCACAUGCUCUUGUGACUGCAUAGGCUGCAGCCUACACGAUUUCACUUAUGCGCACGGAAGCCCGUAAUGUAACCUCCAGGUAAGUUGGUGGGCGCCCGUAUUCCUUUUUGGUCUGCUAAUUUCUUGCUUUUGUCUCCUCAGUGGUACCAAGUCUCCUAUUGACCCAGAAACAGCAGCAGGUCUCCUUCAGCAACCGGAAGGGCUUGGAAUGCAUCUCGCCAUUUUUCUGCAGCGUAGAAGAGACAUCUCAAGCUAUUCCUACGAAGAUCGAGGGACAUAUCCCCACCUGGCUGAAGGGCAAGCUGCUGAGAGUUGGCCCAGGGAAGUUUGAGUUUGGAAAAGACAAGUAAGGCCUGCUUGGUUUGCUGUGGCUGUGCCCUGCAAGGGAUUCUAAACCUCAGAGAUAAAAAAAUCUGCAUAUCUUUAUGGAUCAGGCUGUAGAAGCCACCCAGAAAAGUUACAAGCCACACAGGGAUAUGCUCUUUCAUAUGUAGGUUGUUCGGUCAAUUGUGUCUCCAGAAAGAAAAUACAAGAACCAUGUUGCUCACAGCUGGCAAGGUUUGUUCUUAGGGAUUCGAGAAUUCUGGCCACCCCCAUCUCCCUAGCGGUGGCAGGAUUAACAGGCAAGUUAGUAUCCUGGAGAUAGAUUCUUUAUUAAUAAACAUUUCUUGUUUCCCUCAUCUAAAAGGAAGUUUUUAAGAAAAAUGUUUCAGUCUUUUGAGAUUUGCAUUCAUCGGUUUUGAACUUCCUCCCCACUCUGUGUGAAGUUUACAUAAAUUCAAUCAAACAAGUGUUUCCCCAAGUUUGGGAGAUGUGUUUUCCCCUCCCUUUAUUACCUGGCUGAGAAGGAAAAGAUGAAAUAACACACCUAUGUGCCCUCAUCAACCCCCCCCCCCCCCAAAUCAGCUUGUACCUGAUCUUGUUGCUCUUACUUUGGUAUAUAUGUGCAUUUUACAUGGGCAGAACUGCAUGUGCACAUUUUAUCAUCAGUGAGGAUCUAAGUAGGGAGUAGGAGUAGGAGUAAUAAUAAUAAUAAUUUAUUACUUAUACCCCACCCAUCUGGCCAGGCCUCCCUAGCCAAGCUGGGUGGCUUCCAACAGAAUAUUAAAAACACAAUAAAACAUCAAACACUAAAAACUUCCUUAAACAGGGCUGCCUUCAGAUGUCUUCUAAAAGUCAGAAAGUUGUUUAUUUCCUUGACAUCUGGUGGGAGGGCAUUCCACAGGGUGGGCACCAAUACCAAGAAGGCCCUCUGCCUUGGAUGCCUAAAGUUGGCAGGAGCUGAAAAGGGAAAUAGGUGAAAUCAGCACCCUGUACUCCUAUUCCCCCCCCCCCCCGCUGAUUAGAUUUCUCUUCUCCAAUGGAAGGUAUAACCACUGGUUUGAUGGCAUGUCUCUGAUGCACCAGUUUGACAUUGAUGAUGGAGUUGUGAAGUACAGCAGCAAGUUCCUAAGGAGCGAUUCCUACAUGACUAACAGCCGGAACAACCGGAUCAUGGUAUCUGAGUUUGGAACCUUAGCUAUGCCUGACCCUUGCAAGUCCAUUUUUGAGCGCUUCAUGUCAAGGUUUGAAGUGCCAAGUAAGUGUCAUAAAAGUUUAUUAAGCCUUGCAAUGCAACACAGACUAACCUUACAGAAUAAGCAAGCAAAGAAUAUAUUUUAACACUUUUCCAAACUGCUUUGAUACGUCUUUUACCUUUUUUGAUCCCACCACAUAAAAAGCUUUCUGUUGCUCCACCCUCCCACCUGGAGAUUAAUAUAAGCACCUUUCUUCAUCUCAUUUGCAUGCAAUUGGUUUCUGUUUCCUUCCCAAGCUCCCACAGUUCUUGUUCCAACUUUCACAGGCUUGCUCAACCUUUCUCAAACAUCGCUAAAAUCCUUUCUUUAGCACUAAGAAUGCCAAGAGGAGACACCUCUUAGAAUAAGGUUACCAGAUGUUUUUCAAUGAAUCCGGGGACACUUUUCAACUUCCAUGGAUUUUGUAUGGGGACAUCUGGUAACCUUAUCUUAGAAUCUUUGGUGCCUUUUUUUACUUCCAGCCCCCAUAGGAUCUCUAUACAGUGGUGCCUCGCAAGACAAAAUUAAUUCGUUCCGCGAGUCUUUUCGUCUUGCGAUGUUUUUCGUCUUGUGAAGCACGGUCCGUCGCAACUGCGCCUCUUCAAGCGGCUUUAAGAAAAAAGCGAACAAACUCGCAAGACGUUUUCGUCUUGCGAAGCAAGCCCAUAGGGAAAUUCGUCUAGCGAAGCAACGCAAAAACCGAAAAACCCUUUCGUCUAGCGAGCUUUUCGUCUUGCGAGGCAUUCGUCUUGCGGGGCACCACUGUAGCUGCCUGACAAUUCAUGUAAAAGGGAUGUCUCAGGUUCCUCUGAAUCAGUUCAACUGAGACUCCGCAGUGUAUUUCAUUCAGUUGCAAUGAGCUCACCUUUCACAGUGUUGACAGUAAUCCAAGAGAAUGAGCCAAGAGGAAGGGACCAUUUCACUGGCUCAUAUCAAAAACAGCCAAAGUGAUUCUCUUUUUUAGGCCACUUGCCACAGUAAGGCAGGUUGCCACCACUUGUGUGUGUCCCCACCUUCCCCCACUUUCAUCUGUGACUCCAGGAGGCACAAACAAUUUUGACAAGGAAAACAGAGGUUUUCUUUUUAUAUAUAUAUAAAUUUUAUUUUUUCAUUUUCUAUUUUACAUAAACAAAUGAAUUAAAAACAUAAACAUAUAGUCCCUUCUGACUUCCCUCCCCACGCUCAUUGCAGAUCUUAAUGUAAUGAUUUUCCCCUCUGCAUCUCUAUCAUAACUCUAUUCUUAUAAAUCCUUUGCCAAUCCAUAGUUUAAAUUUUUACUACAAGUUUCCUGUCAGUCCUACCAAUGUAUGUAGUUGUUUACAAUAGCUUUUCAAAUAAAUUAUAAACUUUCCCUGUUCUUUAUUAAAGACUCCCUCUUCCUGGUUUCUAAUUCUUCCUGUAAGUUUUUUUCCAUCUCAGAAUAGUUCAUCAAUUUUGUUUGCCACUCUUCUUCGGUCGGAGGUGUACCAUCUUUCCAUUUCUGAGCUAAGAGAGUCUGUGAAGCUGUGCUCACAUAAAUAAAGAGUUUCGUCUGGUCCUUCAGGAUCUCUGGUCCUACAAUACCUAAAAGAAAAGCUUCUGGUUUCUUAGGAAACAUAUUUUCAACCCCCCCCCCCAGUUCAUUAUAUAUAAUUUCCCAGAAGUCUUUUGCCAUCUUACAUACCACCACAUAUGAUUAAAAAGCACCCUCAUUUUUUUUACAUUUCCAGCACAUUUGUACAUCAACCUUUUUGAGUCCACGGCUCCCUUGACCAACUACGUUCUUUCUGCAGCACCCCUGUGGGGCUCAGGAGCCCAUUUAUGUCACCCCUUGCCUGCAGAGCUGACAGUCUCAAACACCCUCCCUUGUGGAGUGUUCCCUCAGCCUCCUUGCCUCUCCCCUCUCCUUGGGAGUCCUCUCUGCAACUGCUCCCAGAGGCACCAUUCACCUGCAGAGCUGAUAGCCAGGGCUGAUGCAAUAAACAGCUGUGCAAGCCUUUGGGAGGCAGAGACGCAAGAGAGCAUCACAGGAGGGAGGGAAGGAAAGAGGGACAGAGGCCAGUGUUGCCCACGGCACCCCUGACCAUCAUUCAAGGCACCCCAGGGUGCCACGGCACACUAGUUGAAAACCACUGGUUUAACAGCCACUGCCACCAUCAUCAAACCUUUUAUUGGCAUCACAUCCAAACAUCCAAAAAAAAUCAAUACAGAAUUACCACUUCCCCAGUGGCACAAAACAUUUGCUAAUAGAAAGGAGGCAGAGCAGUCUAUCGUCACAUCUCUAGGUCUCCAGGGAGAUCGGGCUUCUGCAGUGUAUUUUGACGACAAAAAAACCCAAAUAGAGAUAUUUAGCCACUAACUUGGUGAGCUCCUGAUCAUUCCCCAGUAAUAGAAAAUGUAUGACAUCCAACUCUGGUUUCUACUUGGGGAUGCAGAGUUGAUCUAGAAAUUGCUGACGGAGAUCAGGAUAUAGUAUGCAAUUAGGAACCAUAUGUGUAAGGGUUUCCACCAGGUGGUCUUCACCUGGGCAAGUUCUUUCUCCUUCCACCCUGCCUGAGAACCUUCCCCAAAGGAAGUUUGAUGGAUUUGAAUUAAACCUGUCCAGUGAAAAAGCCCUUCUUUCUUGAGGGUUAAGCAGAAAUUCAAAGUAAUUGUGGUUAGUUUCAUGUGCCCAAGAAAGUUGAAAAUAAAGAGAAGAACAUGUUUUCUCUGCUGCUACUGUUAGUUUCUGGCACUCAAUAUUGGUUUAAAAGCAUCCAUGCAACUCCAAUGAUCCCAAGUGUUUGUAGCACACCCACAAACCAACCUGCGGUUUUUGUUCCAGAAAUGACGGACAACUGCAAUGUGAACUACGUGGUCUACAAAGGCGACUAUUACGUCAGCACAGAAACCAACUUAAUGCGUAAGGUCGAUCCGGAAACCCUUGAAACAAAGGAGAAGGUAAAGGAACCUGAAUCAGGUCAGACUGUUUGUCUAUCAAGCCCAGUAUGGUUUAGUCUGACUGAGAGUGGUUCUCUGGGGUCUCCCAGGAAUCCAGGACAGCUACCUGAUGCUCUUAGAAGGUGAAGGAAUAGAGUGGGACUGUGGUGUUAAGGUCACAGGAGGAGGAAGCUGGAUCACAGCACUUGCAGGGUGAGGUUAAAGGUUCAUAGGUGUUAGUUAAAAGGUAAAGGGACCCCUGACCAUUAGGUCUGGUCGUGACCGACUCUGGGGUUACGGUGCUCAUCUCGCUUUAUUGGCCGAGGGAGCCGGCGUACAGCUUCCGGGUCAUGUGGCCAGCAUGACUAAGCCGCUUCUGGCAAACCAGAGUAGCGCACGGAAACGCCGUUUACCUUCCCGCCCGAGCGGUACCUAUUUAUCUACUUUGACGUGCUUUUGAACUGCUAGGUUGGCAGGAGCAGGGACCGAGCAACGGGAGCUCACCCCGUGGCGGGGAUUCGAACUGCUGACCUUCUGAUCGGCAAGCCCUAGGCUCUGUGGUUUAACCCACAGUGCCACCCGCGUCCCAGGUGUUGGUUAAGUCUCUGUAAAUAAGGCGUAUUGAAGGGUAGGCCACUUUGGAUGAGACUUGCUGUUUUGAGACUCAGACCUGGUCUGGUCUGCAGAUGUGGCAGAGAUGGGAAUAACAUGAGACCUGGAGUGGUAGAAUGGCCUCUACUGCUUCAGUCUGCAGGUGAGAGAUCCCAUUUUUGAAUGUUUUCCUCCAAACUCAAUGAAAGUAGAAAGCUAACCCCGCAGGUAGAAACCUUCUAGUUUAGCCAUUUCCCCUCAGGUCAUUUGUACUGCAGCCCUCAUCGCAUGGGGGUCCAAAACAUCUGGAGAGUACCAGGUUAGCAAAGACAGUUUCUAGCACAAUCCCCACCCCACACUGUUCAAGUUUUCUAUUGGCAUGGCUAUUUUGAAGAAGAAGAAAAAGGACCAUCCAGAAAUGAAACCCCCCUUGAAAUGGUAGAGUCCAUUCUCUAACCCAGCAGAUUACCAACCCUUUCGCACCCCAAGCUUCUGCAUGUGUGUAUGAGACUGUAGCAUGCGCACUCUGACAAAUGCAUCUGGGAAGAAGUCAAAAGGGUCUGUUUACUGAAAUCUGAUUAGCAGAGGUAGCCAAUGAGUGCCAUUCACAACUAGUUGCAAAGGCAGAGAUCCAUGUUGUCUAGCUUAUACCAGGGCUGGAGAAAUAUUUAUAAAUGAAUCGCUUCUACCUAGACCCUGAAAGGGAAAAUAUAUAUAUAUAUUUGCAUUUGCAGGUGGAUUGGACAAAGUACAUUGCAGUGAAUGGAGCAACUGCCCACCCACACUAUGACCCAGACGGGACAGCGUAUAACAUGGGCAACUCGUAUGGAAAACAUGGUGAGAUUGUAUGGCUCAGAAGAGGCUGACUUGUCUGACUUCUAGGAGAAUCACGACAUUUGUAUGAGAUUGUGAUGUUUCUAUGCUAGGGAUGGACUGGAUGCGGAGCUCCAUUCACUACUGGACCAGGUUCAAAGUGUUGGUACUAAUAUAUAAAGCCCCAUACAGCUCAGGACCAGAUUAUAUGAGAGGCUGCCUUAUUUCUUAUACAUACCCAGUGGGUCACUGUGGUCUGUGGGAGAGCUUCUCCUGCAACUUCCAAAGAUACCAGAAGCUUGCUCCACAAGUCUGAGACAGAGCAAUAGAAUCCCUGGAUUGCAUGCACUACCUUUGAUAAAUUUCCUUUACAGAUUUAUAAACCACUUUAUAGCCUGAGGCCAUCAAAGCAGUGUACAACAAAAAUCUCUAAAAAAGAAUAAAACACAUUUUGCAGAUAUGCAAUUAAUAUCCCAUAAAAUGACUGCUCCUCGCUUCAGGAACAGCCUUCUCCCACAUUAAUUAUUGUUGUGUUUUCUGCAACAGGCUGACGCUGCUACUCUUUUUUUGGGGGGGGGGGGGAAGUGUUUAUAAAAACAUAAUAUGUGAAGACUGCCCCACCCCUAUGGCAACAUCAUUAAUUUAUUUUUCUAAUACACGUAAUCACAGCAAUAUUGCCCUUUGUGCAUCAAAAUAUUUGCUCAUCUUCUGGACCUACGAAGAUUUAUUAGUAAAAACAGAGACUGGUUGGAGGAUUAGGCCAUAUGAAGAAAUAAAGAACAAAUUGACAGGUUGGAUCCAAUUUCAUCAAAUCAACUCUAUCUGGACCGAGGAUAAAAAAAAUGGGAUAAGUGAGAAAAAUCUAGAUUCCAGAUUGAAAUAUUAGAAAGUAAAACAAAACUCCUAUCAAAAAUGUAUAGCCUGUUGCUCGAAUGGGACACCAAAGAUGAAGAAGUAAAGGAGGUAAUGGUGAGAUGGGCAAUGGACUUUGGGUAUAACAUAGAGUUUGAUAAAUGGCAGGCACUAUGGAAUAAAGGUAUGAGAUUCUCGGCAUGCACAACACUCAGGGAAAAUAUGUACAAAAUGAUGUACAGGUGGUACGUAACGCCCGUAAAACUGGAAAAAAUAUAUAAAACUGGUGAUAAAUUAUGCUGGAAGUGCAAGAUUAAGGAGGGCGAUUUUUAUCAUAUGUGGUGGUUGUGCGAGCCUAUUAGAAAAUUUUGGGAAUCUAUUUACAAUGAACUAAAAAAAAUCUUUAAAUAUACCUUUAUAAAAAGACCUGAAGCCUUUUUGCUGGGGAUAAUUGGAGAGGAAAUCAAAAAGGAAGAUCAAACACUCUUUCAGUACGCGACAGUGGCCGCCAGAACUCUAAUAGCGCAGAAUUGGAAGACACCAAGAAUCCCAACCAUAAAUGAAUGGCAAUCGAAACUACUCGACUAUCUAGAAUUGGCAAAAAUGACACAGAAAAUAAGAAAUCAAAAAGACACAAAGUUUAAUAAAGAUUGGAAUAAAUUCAUGGCAUACAUGGAAACAGAGGUAAAAAAACUAAAAACACAGUAGGUGCGAUAUAACACUUGUGAUGUAAAGAAUUUUUUUUGAGGAAAAGAAACUGCAGAUAGAAAAAUUUUAUAACACAUUCCGAAACCGAGAUGAAGGGAAGUCAGUCAGUGUUGUGUGUUAUGUAGUUAAUGUAGUUAAUUUGUUGUUGUCUUAUGUCAGGAGUAUAUAUAUAUUUUUUAUAUAUAUAUAUUUUUCUUUAUUUAGUUUUUUUUGGUGUGAAUGUGUUGUGUUUGUCUUUUUUGUUUGUAUGGUGUUAUAAAAUAAAAUUUAUAUUAAUAAUAAUAAAAAAAAAUUUGCUCAUCUUCAGAAAGAGCUUAGCUUCCAUGAUGAAAAAUAUAUCACACUUGUGACUCUUGGAUAAGGGCUGCUAAGAGACAGGCAAUAGCAGUAUUCAAGGCAAACACUGGCAGAUGCCCUCUCCUUAUAAUCUUACUUUGAUGAAAGAUUCCUCACUCCACUUUCUCACAGCUCUGAUUAAAACACACAAAACAGCUUGACAGCUAGCUGACAGGAAUUUAUCUGUUGAUUUUUCCAGUCCUGUAACUGAUUCUGCACUGUAUAUGGCUGUGUGCAUUGAAAUGAAAUGGUGCAAAGCAUAUUUCUAUUGCCUUUGGUGGUGAUUGCAGCCUACUUAUCGCUGUGCUCGGGGCAGCGAUGGUGAAGUACGAAGUGCAGAGAGAAUGCACUAAACUGAAAUAUUUGGAGUAUUUAUUGUAACUGGCAAUAUCGAGCUUGCAAUGACGAGAAGUGCUGCAGGAGGAGAGUCCUGAAAGAAAUUUCUAGCACCCUGCAUUGUUGAAGUUUAGGUAGCCAACUUGCUCCAAUUACUCCCAGCAAUUUUGUGAAUUUGCUGAACUUUCAAAGUUGUUGCUCUGUUCACUUGCUUCUGUUCGCUUCUGUGUCAGGACAUGUGAAUAGCAGGGAAAGGUGCCAGGCUCCUGUCAUUAUAUAAUAAAACAUUUGGGGCAAACUUGGAAAACAACGUAGAAGUCUGCAGAACUAGUUUUGCAUUCUUUCCUGCAACUCAUAUUUCACUUUUGUUCAGAGCACCAGUUUGGGGGGAUCAGAUGUCUGCUGCACUAUUGUUCAAGCAUUACUUUUGCCAAGACAGACACUUCAUAAACAAAGGUUUUAUAUGCAGAGAUUGCAGAAGAUGCAGCUUGCUCUUUAUAUGUCUGCCUGGUCACUCUGUUGGACUGCACUGCCAAUUUUCUAAUCGAUUUCUGUUUGGAACUGUCAGAGAGCCAUACCUUUUCCAGUGCAUCUGGUAGCAGACAAAGGCAAGGGGCUUUUGAUUUGCUGAAGAUUGGUGGUGGUGGUCAGAAAAGAUGAUCAUUAUAUUUUCUCUUCUCUUCUGGUUUUAUUCAAAAUAAUUUAUUUAUCCAAAGCAUUUCUACUCUAUUCUUCAGCCGGAACUGCUCCCAGGGCAGUUUACAAAUCCAUAAAAACAACAACAGUCCUUGCUGGCUCCUCAGGAUUACAAUGUAAAAAUACAUGGUUGGCAUCUGUCUGUGUUGGGAGACAAUGAAGGAGUGUGCCUUUGGGAAUGAGGUCAAGCUGCUGGAUGGUUGCAGUGCCUGCUGUGGCUGUAGAGACCAAUAUAGGAGAGACAUGUUUCAUUGCAGCUGGGGCAGAUGAAGGCGUCUGGUUGUGUUGCUGCAGAUGCACCAUGGCGUUUCUUCUCUCUGCUUCUCUUUUCUCCUCUGGUCACUGCUAUGGAUACAUGACUUGACUGCCUGCCUCCAGGCACUGCGGUCGUCUGGAAGGGAUUCCCACAUGUGGCCGGGUUGAUGUUGCCAGCCUUCAUGCCACGUUUGCAAACACCUUUGUCAUGCAGAAGGGAAAAGGGAGAGGGAGAGAAGUGGUUGCAGUCUCUAAUGCAGCCUUCCUCAACAUGGUGCCUUCAAGGUGUUUUGGACUACAACUCCUGUUAGCCCCAGCACGUCUGUUGUAGUCAACAUCUGAAGGGCCCCCGGUUCAGGAAAGCUGCUGUAAUGUCAUGGAAAGCAUGGGAGUUUGGCAAGCGCUUUCUGGUUAGAUCACUGGUGUUCCUAACUGCCUGUGGCCCUUGGACAUGAAUAAGAGGCUUCUGUCACAUGAAUAAGGCAAGAACUGGCCCAGAAUCUUUAUGUGCUUAUCGUUUCACAACCAUGCGUUGGAGGUUGUGUCUUCCACCCUCUUAUAUUAAAUCCAAAUCAGUGGCAUGGAGUGUGCAUGACCUUAUUCUCAACUGGAAACAUGGAGGCUUAUGAAUCGGAAUGCCUUGAGUCAUGCAUUUCUUCCAAAACCCCACAUCAACAAUUAUAGAGCCAAUGUCUAGUUACAUCUGUAGCUGGACUGCUGGCCGGGUUGUAUUCUGAGCACAAUUCAAAGUGUUGGUGCUGGCCGUUAAAGUCCUAAAUGGCCUCAGCCCUGUAUCCUUCAAGGAGUGUUUCCAUCCCCAUUGUCCGAGGGCCUUCUGGUGGUUCCCUCCCUGUGAGAAGUGAGGUUACAGGGAACCAGGCAGAGGGACUUCUCGGUAGUGGUGCCCACCCUGUGGAACGCCCUCCCAUCAGAUGUCAAGGAAAUAAACAACUAUCUGGCUUUUAGAAGACAUCAUAAGGCAGCCUUGUGUAAUGAAGGUUUUAAUGGUUGAUGUUUUAUUGUGCUUUUAAUAUUCUGUUGGAAGCCACCCAGUGUGGCUAGGGAGGCCUGGCCAGAUGGGCGGGGUAUAAGUAAUAAAUCAUAAUCAUAAUAACUACUACUACGACUACUGGGAGCCACCCAGGAUGGCUGGGGCAACCCAGUCAGAUGGGCAGCUAAUAAUCAUAAAAAAUAGUAAAUGCAUUUUCUCUCUUCCAGGCUCCAACUAUAACAUCAUCUGUGUCCCCCCACAGACAUCGGGCCCCGAUGACUCUAGCCUGCAGGGUGCAAAAGUGCUGUGUUCUAUUGAGCCAGAGGAUAAGAUGAAACCUUCCUAUUACCACAGCUUUGGUGAGAGUUGCCAGCCCUCCUUUAAAGUGGAGCAGAUGUACCCAUAGUCGAUGUUGCAAGGAUGGAACAUCUCUGAGUCAAAGCCAGAUGUCAUGAAAGCCUAGUCAGUGGGUUGGAAUAGAAAUUCAUCAAAUCACUUUAACACAGCCAAUAGACUGAAAAGAACAGAAGGGCACCGGAAUCUCAGAGCACAACAGAUUCAAAAGUGUAACAUAAAGAUUACCAGUUAGAGCUACACUUAUCUUGGAUUGGUCCCUGGAGAUAGUCCUUCCAGUUUCAGAUGUUGAGGAAUCCUGUUGUUCUCACUGAUAUUAAUAGCAAUUUAGCCACCAUCGGGAUAGGGAUACCCUUGGGUUUUUAUCUUCCAUGGGAUAUUUAACUUAUUUAACUUAUAAUUUUACUGACCUUCCUGGAGAUUUGGUUACUAAAGGGCCAGUCGUAUGCUGCCAAACUCCAGCACUGAAAUUAUAAAAUAGGACAUGCUCUACAGAUUCUACCUCCUGUCAUGUCCCAUAUGGAGGAGGAGGAAGGGUGAGAGCCUAACACAGACAGCUUGGAGGACAACAAGCUUUGUCUAAGCACUGCAAAAGCUGCUCCCAGGUAAAUGUGCUAACAGCCCUGUUUCCAUUAAAAAAACAUAAAGCUCUUAAGCCAAAGGUUUAAGGUUGGCAACCAUGCUCUUAUCUCAGAAGAGCACUGUCGUGUUUCCAAAAGUGCAGCUGCAUUAGGAACACAUCUUGGGAUCUGUAGGAAUUUAAUUUGGACAAUAUUUAACUAGACCACACUCCUCUAAUCCAAAAAGCAUAAAGAAAUGGGGAGGUUAUCCUAUUAUUAAAAACUUUUAAUAGCUGCAGGAAUACUUUUGGUAUUCUUUUUUUUUUAGCAGAUUACUUAGCACAAAUCACAAGCGGUAUAGUGAAAAGUGCUAUAGAAAUAGUGCAAUUAAUACUCUGAUUAAAUAUAUUUUAUUCAAAGCUUUACAUACUGAAGCCUUCCCUAACCUGGUGCUUUUGGACUACAACGCCACACGCUGGCUGUGGCUAAUGGGAUCUGUAGUCCAAGAUCAUUUGGAGCACACCAGGUUGCACUGGGUGCAAUUUGAAACUCCUUCAGCAAGGAAAGGUCAAGACAGCAGGAGAAAGGUUAGGUAUGGCCAUGAUGGGAAGCAAGCAGCAGGGGCUUAGAAGUGUUGUUGGAAGUGUUUGUCCUGAGCCUUGUUGUCUCCUGUUUGUAGGAAUGAGUGAGAACUAUGUGAUCUUUAUUGAGCAGCCACUCAAAAUGAACCUCUGGAAGUUCAUCACAGCCAAGGUUCUUGGGAAAUCCUUUUUGGAAGCAAUCAGCUGGGAGCCUGAGCACAGUACCCGCUUCCAUGUAGUGAACAAGCUCACUGGACAGGUACGUCCUCUGGGUUCACUGCCUCAUGACCCGUUUUUCUUUUCUGGGCAGUGCCUAGCUUUUGCUACAAUAGGUUUACCUGCUGAAGAACUACCCAGCAGCCAAGUCUGCUGACUUAUUGAGUUUUGAAGGAAUGAGCUCAUGUCACCUACUAAUAAUGCAGCUGCAAGUAUAUUGGGGGUGAGGAACAUUCUGCAGCUUGGGGAACCAUCUGCCCUCAUGGGCAAAUGCACAAGGGAUACUGUAUGUAUCACAGUUUCCAAGGCCACAUUUCAGCCUGGCAGAAGCACUCAAGGAAAAUGCAGUGAUGGGUCAGGGAGUGCAUGGCCCAGGGCAAGUCUAGAGGGCCUGAUAGAGUAAUGUGGAGGGCCACAUUCAGCCUAUAGGCUGGAAGUUCCCUACCCCUGAAGAAUUUCACUUCUUCAUAAUGUACCCCUGAAUACCAGCUUCUGGGAAUAAACAAUUGGGAAAGAUCUCCUUGCAUUCAAGCCCUGCUUAUGAGAUUUGAGAGGCCUCUGGCUAUCAACUGGGGGGAAGUAGAAAGCUGCACUAGAUGGAACUAAAGAUCCACCUUCCUGGAUCAUAUAUUCUCAAACUCCUGCAAGGCUUCUGCAGUCUGCCUCCAUUGUAACAACAUGAAUUCAGUUGAUAGCCACGUCACUUUCUCAAAACCAGAUUCUUGCCGGAGCGCCAAAACCUGCACACCUGGUACAAAUUUUGCAUGUUGGACAAACUCUGCAAUCAUCUGCCAUGGGCUGGGGAGCUUGAAAUAUCAGAUUCCUCAUACGUAGCUAUCUGGCUGUUGACUUUUUCAGGUAUAUAAGGCACCAUCUCAUGACAUUGCUAACUAUUGCCCCUCAACCCUGCCCCCUCACACUUUGUGAAGUGUGAUCCUGUAGCAACAGAGGGCUAUGAAGUAGAAGCUGGCUGGCAGACUUCCUACUUUUGCCCCUAUAUUAAAAUCCUUUCCAGCAACGCUGAAAUAUAUAACUUAAGAUUUUCAGAGGGGAUGCUUUGUGGAAUGUUCUCUAGGUGUCACUGAAGGCCUGAGAUGCCAUCACUGGCAUGUCUUAUGUUCCUUGCACAGGUGUUGCCCGGGCAGUACUGCAGUGAGCCUCUCUUGUUUUUCCAUCAAAUCAAUGCCUUUGAAGAUCAAGGAUGCAUCGUCCUUGACCUAUGCUGUCAAGAUGAUGGAGGGGCUCUUGACGUUUACCGGCUGAAAAACCUCCAUAAGGCGGGCGAGGCUCUGGAUCAGGUAAAGCCAAUGUUUGGAGGCAGUUGUGGAGGACAGUAAGCUGAAGCUGAAUCCUGGCAAGAUGGAGGCACUGUUGGUGGGUGGUUCUCAUAUUCAGGAAUUGUGUAAGCAGCCUGUUGUAGGCAGAUGGCAUCGGUGGCAAGGAAUGCCUAUGUACAGCUCCUGUGGCAUUCAGCUAUGUCUUUUCCUGGAGCAAUAUUCCCUUUCCCUCUCACUACAUGCGGCGAAGGUGGAGUUUAGUGCAUAAUUAACUAUGGUAAGUACAGCUGUGCUGUUGUUGUGGGUGUGGGGUUGCGGUAAUGAGCGCAGCAUUUCAGUCCAGUGGGUCGUCUUCAGUGCUAGUUCUGUAGCCUUAUUGGAGUUCACCGAUUGGGUCUGCGUUGCUCCCGGACAGGAGGAAGGAAGUCAAAUGACACCGAGGGUUGGUUCAGAGAAAGAGUUCUUUAUUUCUGCUCUCUGAAACAGCAGAAAGGCACCUGCGUGGUGUGUCCACAGCAAGUCCAAAGAAAUGAGAAAUUUCAUGCAGUAUAUAUAUCCUCCAGGCACCCUCUCCCUCCUUCCCAGGAAUCCAACCACGUCAGCCUAUACACGCAGGUUGACAUCACAUAUGUUCCUGCUCCAGUAUUCUUAACCAUAAAAGGGUAUUCCUUCCUGUACUUCUGACCAUAAAAGGGUAUUCCUGUUCCUACUCUUAUCUUGGAGCAAGAGGUCACCAACUCCAAGAACACACUCUGGCGCUGUUCCCGGACUAGGUCUGUGCGUCAGGAUGUAAGAUAAGACCUAGACAUGUCAUCCCUACUCCACUGGAACAGCCAAGGUCAUCCUUGCCGUCAUGAACUGAUAAAGGAGAGGGCUCUGAGCACUUGUUUAUACAGCCGGGUUUUUGUUUAUACAUUGACUCAGAGCUCAAGUUAAUGGAUUUUAGCUAAGGAAAAAUAGGGAUUUUGGUGCCUGUUUUAAACUGCCUGCACAGUCAGUUUUGGGUUUGGGAAACCCAUUCCUUCAGUUCUACAUAAAAUUAAUGAACUUAUAGUCAUGUCCAUUAACUUCAAUGGGUCUACUCUGAUUUGGACUAGCAUUGGAUAUAAUGCCGUUCUGUGCCCAAAGCAUGUGUAGCUUGUAGCUGCACUUGACAGCUAGUCAUGCAGGCAGUUGAAAUCUCCAGCUUCCAGAAGAAAGAAGCUUUGAAUCACCAAUGGUGCACUUUAACAUUUCAUGAUCUUUAAAUCCAUUUUGUACAGAUUAUUUGGUUGGAGAACUGCAGCACAAAAUUCAGAGAAGUGCAAAUAUCAAAGGGUAGCUAUAUUUUGGUUUGCAUUUUAUUUUAGGAAGUGCAGGUUUGCAUUAAAAUCAGAAUGGAACCAAAUUUAUCCCAAGGAGCCCAAACUGGGAGGCCAAGGAAUUCUAUUUCUCUACUGGUUGGUUCUUGCUCCCUAUCUCCAUACCAGGCCUGCAAAAGGGGACCAGUUCUUCCUUUUGCAAUGACAUCCUGUCUCCUUGGCAGGCCUACAAUUCAGUGGCGAGGCCGUAUCCACGACGCUUUGUUCUGCCCAUCACUGUGGAUCCCAGUGCAGCUGUGGGACAGAAUCUCAGCCCCUUGUCCUACACAUCGGCAACGGCCACGAAAGAGUCCAACGGGAAGGUAUGUACUCUCUGUACAAAUGGAUGCUAUAGGGGCUACCGUUGAUGCCUGACAUUUCCAUAUUGUGCUGAACUUGCUCUCCAUGUGGUUGUAUUGCCCACCAACAUCCCUUUUGCUCCUACGUGCUGUAGCCGCCAAGCUGCUCCUUGCCAAAAGAAAAUGUAAACACUGGGCUCCAGUUUAGCAAGCAUGUGAAUAUAGGAACCAACAUUUCCAAAGGAUCAUGGGAAAGACCACUGCCUGGUGCCCUGAAGAGCUACUGCCAGCCAGAGAAGGCAAUACUAGGCUAGAUGGAGAAACAGGCUUACCUAGUAUAAGGCAACUGCCAAUGUACCUAUAACGUGCCGAUUCCUUUUCCAGAUCUGGUGCACAUAUGAAAGUCUACAUAAUGAGAACCUCAAGGAAGCAGGGGGUCUUGAAUUCCCCCAGAUUAACUAUUCUUAUUACAACACGAAGAAAUAUCGUUACUUCUAUGGUUGUGGCUUUGGGCAUAUGGUUGGUGACUCACUGAUUAAGACUGACAUAAAGACCAAGGAGAUGAAGGUAAAAGGAUACAACACAGUUAAUUUCAGGGUGGGCGAGAGUCAGCUCUUAAAACCCACAAUAAGGAGCCUGUUUUGUCCCCUUGUUUUUGCCUGCAAGAUUUGGCGACAGGAUGGAAUGUAUCCUUCUGAGCCAGUGUUUGUGCCAGAACCUAACUCUCCUGCAGAAGAUCGUGGGAUUAUUCUGUCCGUUGUGCUCACAGCCAAGCAGGUAAUUUGGUCUUCGUUGCCUAUAUAAAUGGGCCACUGUCUGAACGCUAAUUUUAGGGCCAGGAAUAUAUAAUAUAUAAUAUAUAAUAUAUAAUAUAUAAUAUAUAAUAUAUAAUAUAUAAUAAACAACAACAACAAUGAUCUCUAGUGAACACUGGUGUGUACAGAAGGAUCCUGUGUUCUGCUUCGAAACGCAAGAACUUUGUGGGUGCUUCCACACAACAGUUCAGUGUGUGGAUUUGGUGCUAUUCCUGCAUGCAACCUUUGCGUAGCUUCCACGUGACAUCCUCCUCAUCAAAAUGCCAAUCCCAUAUAGUUUUUAAUCUGAAUUUACCAUUUCUGUGGAAUAUCUGAUAAGUGAAAUCACCCGGUCAAGGUCUGGUUCAAAUUUGGGGCAGGUGAGGAUAUCAAAUGGAAUUUUGAUGAGGAUGGCAUUGGGAAGGUGCUGUGCAAAACUUGCAUGCAUGGACAGUGCUGGGUCCACAGUAAACUGCCAUGUGGAAGCACCCUGUACAGCUUCUCUGUUCCUCUGUGUUUCACCUUUCUAAUUUAAUUGAAAAGAGCAUCAUGAGAGGGUGCAUUGGUGGGAGGGAGAUAAUCCUGCAUUUCAGUAUUGUUGUUCGACUUUGACCAUCAUUCUUGUUUCAGAAUCGAGGUACCUUCCUGCUCAUUCUGGAUGCUGAGAAUUUUACUGAACUGGGCCGGGCAGAAGUCCCUGUCCAGUUCCCCUAUGGUUUUCAUGGCAUCUUUGUUCCAGGCCAAUAGAGAUUAGCCAGUGGUCACAUAGCAGGAUGCGAAGGAGAAAGAGUCUGCUCUACAAUGCUCUGUGCUUAAAACCUUUGACAAGAUACUUAAUCUUAACCUGUCUAGGGGUGCCACCAGGCUGUCACUAUUUGAGGGAGGCAUUGAAGUGCAUCUGUGAAUUUAGGUUUGCAGAAUUAAGGCGGAUUAAACACAGGAAUCUGUCUUAUACCAAGUCAAACCAUUGCUAUGUAGCUCAGUAUUAUCUGCACUGACCUAACAGUGGCUCUCUGGGGCUUCAGCUCCACCAAGAGAUGCUGGUGAUUGAACCUGGCAUUGAACUUCUGCAUGCAAAGCAGGUGUCCCACCAUUGAUCUACAGUCCUUUCCUUGGUACAGAAAAAACCACUAAAAAACUGACCUUUUAAAGUUUGGAAAGCUACAGGGAAAGGCAUUGGAAAAUUGUGGGAUUAACAAUUUAUUAACGGGAAGAUCCCACCAGCAAAUUGCUGUGUAACCUUGCUACAGAUUUGAAAGAAUACUCUGCAAAGACCACACCAUAAACUUCUUAAGUAAGCUUUGCACAAGCAAAUCAGCUCAAUAAACAGGCCUUCUAGAGGAGUUCUCGGGACUAUUCUGAUCCACAGAGAUGUUCAAAAGGAAAUAGGUUAAUGAGUGUGAGAGCUGUUACCAAUGAAAGAAAAACACUGACCAUAAAUCUGAGGUUUUUUUAAAGGAGGCACUCAAGCAAUAUCAACUUCAAAUCUAACCUUUUGGACAAUUCUAAUUGUUUAGCUUUUAUUUUUGUAUUAUCUAUAUUGAGAUUUACUUAUCUAAAUGCAAUUAAAGCGCUUUGGACAUAUUCUGCAUAUUUUCAAAUCUUUUCAAUGAUAACAGCAAUGUUUUAAUGUGUUUUGUACUCUUUUGGAGAAGUUGGCUGCUGAAAACGAAGGGGUGGAGAGAGAAACAGACAGAGGAGAGAGACAGAGAAAGGGAUGCCCUGAUUCUGUUAGGGAUUCGUGUUUUGCUUUUUUGGUAACACAACGUUGCACCUGCAGGAGCUGACAGGUGGAAAUGAGGUCUUCUUCCCAGGGGCAGUAUGCUAAGAACCAGACAACCGCCUCCGUGUCUGGAGAUGUUGCUUUCAUUCAUUAGGUCAACCUUCACCAUAUUGGUACCCUAAAAAUGUUUUGGAGUACAACAACCAUCAGCCCCACCCCACCCAGAAUUGAGCUGUAGUCCAAAACAUCUGGGAAGAGCACCAGGAACCUAGGAAACUGCUUUAUAGUGAGUCACACCAUUUGUCUGUCUAUUUAUUGAUUUAUUUAAUAAAAUUUAUAUACCGCUUGAUGUAGAUAAACCUCAAAGCAGACAACAAAAAGAUAAAACAAUAAAAUUGUC